GGCUGUCCCAGUCUGUACGGUGUUAGCUCCAUCCACUGAUCUGAUGCAGUGAGAAGCACAGAACACUGAGAAACACAAGCUGGCUGAACGUUCCAAAAUUCUACGUCAAACCUGGGAAAUAUACCGAAUGCAACACAUGCCGUCAUCUGAAUAUACACAUCACACCCUGGGGACAUUCACGGUAAGUGUGGAAUUUUAUUUGGAUAUAGACUGUAAUUACUGUAUAUCGAUACAGUUCUUGUCUUUAUUAUUUAUUUUAUUUUCUUGAAAUCCUAUUUUUUCUGCCCUUUAUUCAGUGUGCUAUAUAUUGGGAUUUUAAUAGUAUUUGAUGUUUACUCUUUAAUAUGCAGCUUUUAUAGUGAAUGCGAUCACAAUGCGCUGACAUAUUGUGUGUGUAUACAUGUAAUUGACAUGUCUCACACACCUGCAUGUAUUUUGUCCGUGGCAAAGUCUAUAGAAAUCAUCCAUUUCCUGUUUUGGUUUAUGGGAGUAUUGGUAUGUUGUAUGAUCAUGUAUAUGUGUGUGUAUGUUUAACCCUUUUUUUUUUUUAUCAAGAUCCGCUUGAAAUUUCAUUAAAUAUCAGGAAAAGCUCUGAACUUUAACCUGAAGGAGUCCUUUCCUUGUAUUUUUAUAUGGUUAAUGUUUUCAUAUAACUUUGCCACCUAAGCAUUUUUUUUUCCCGGUGUGCUGCAGUGCAUUCUCUGAGCCAAAUAGUUAAUGCAUAACGGUCCGGUUAGUUUAUGCUAUUGUUGUUCAUUUCUUUGGACCUAAAUAGUUAAUGUAUGUUUCUGCAGACAAUUGUGGCUUUUAGUGGAUUUCUGAAAAUAGAAUGCAUAGUGGAUUACUGGUUUUGUGUUUGAAGUACCUGAGUAUCCUUUCCUAUUGAUGUUAUCCCAGGGAUUACACCUAGCUAGGAAAUGGCUAUUUCUUGUAAAUUAAGGUUACGAUCAUCCUUUGAUUGUGUAAAUGAGAUUCGGAAGACAGCAGGUGGAAAUAGCAGAGACUUGGCUACAUUUCUAACAAUGUUGAAAUGUAAACACAUUCCCAUAACAAUGUAUGUCUCAUUAAAUAUACCUGUAUCAGAAUCCUCUGGUUUAGUUUUUUCUGGAUUUGAAAAACAGUAUUACCCAAGAUUUAGUUUGUUUAACCUGCACCUGACUUUGCCUGAAAUUACAUUCCUUUGUUUCCUGUGCUUAUGUUUGAUGCUCUGUUUAUACUUUGUGUACAUACUAACUACUAAGAAUAUUACUUUUAGUAGUUUCAUUUUUUACAAUGUUUUGCUUUCUGAAUUUUUAUCCAGCAAAACAUUGUUCCCUUUUAAAAUUAUAUUGUUUUAUGUGAAAAUAAGCAUAGGCAUUUUUUUAGGUACCACUCUAAAUGUAUUCUUUUAAUGUGAGCAAUUUAUUUGAAUAUUCAGUAUUAAAGUGACAUUUUGGAGUCACUGGCCAGAUUAAAUUUAACAUUUUAGACUAUUAUAAUUAAUACAAAUAUUACAUUGCAUACCAUAUAGAGACAUAAAUCUGCAUACAAAAACAGCCAUACCCUAUAUACACUGUGCUAGUUAAUGCAUUGAUUAAAUUAUAUAAAUAGCUGCAGAUGUUGGCAGUGUGUAUGACAUGCGCCAAAACCAUAGCUGUUCACAAAUGUUCUUAGUGGUCAACUUUGUGUGUAUGUGUAUGUAUGUAUGUGUGUGUGUGUGUGUAUGUGUGUGUAUGUAUGUAUAUAUAUAUAUAUAUAUAUAUAUAUUAGAUAAUAUUAGUUUGAUCAGAGCAGUUUCCACAAUUAUCUAAUAUAAUGGUCUGUUGAAUAGAUCAGUGUAAUUUGAAACACUAAAAGGGAAUCUUACUAAACUUGUAUUUUGUGGCAAAAUAUUUUUACUCCUAUAGUUACAUAGCUGAAAAGAGACUUGUGUCCAUCAAGUUCAGCCUUCCUCACAUAUGUUGUUGCUGUUGAUCCAAAAGAAGGCAAAAAACCUGGUCUGAAGCACUUCCAAUUUUGCCACAAACUAGGAAAAAUUAGUUUUAAUAUUUGGAGUGAAUGAACAUUAUAAACUCAAAUUCUAGGUUAGAAAAUCUUCUGUACAGAUACUUACACAUAUAAGAUAAUGUUAUGCAUGUUGUGCUUAUUGUUUAAUAAACUGGAGUUCCAUGGCCAGGUAUGGCUGGAUGUUGUAAAAGUGAAUUACAAAUGCAAUCUUUUACAUUGUCAACGCUCAGAGUUAAUUUGCAGGCUGCUUUUUGGUUGGAUCAUAUGUACAUGUUGUGGGUGUAAAAAUGAUCUGAUAGAUGGAAUCAAUAUAGGAAAUUAUAGUACAUUAGUAUAUGAAUAGUUUUUAUACCAGAGUAAGCAAUUACCUUUUGCUACAAGUGCUUAGGGAAUUUUUUCUUUGUUAUUGGUGUUAUUCUUUAUCUUGUGUUUCUGAUAUCUCUUUUCUUUUCUUUUCUUGUCACUAGCCAUUUUACUGAAACACUGUUACCCACUGCCUCACAUAUGAUAUAAUGGCUUUAAAAUUUAUAAAAAUAAAAAAAAAGCCAGGUUAAAUAUCAUUUCAUUGGCAGAUACAAAUGAACUGGUUAAGGAUAUGCAUAAAUGUGCUAUUCCGUGCCCUUAUUCAUUAACUGAACCAUUAUUGCUCUAUAUUCUGGAUGAGUAGUUUAUUUAGUUCAAUUUGAUGAAAUACUAAUGAUGUGUGAGUCAGCCCAAAUGUAAUCUGUUUUAGAUAGCUUCAGGAAUCUUUUUUCAAUUACUUACACAUUCAUUCGGUCAUAAUUUAAUUGCCUCCAUCCUUAUCACUUUGAAUCAGCCUUGCAUAAUUUAAUCAUAUAAAUUUACCUAAGUUGCAUUUUUAUGCUGUGGUUGAAUGAAAUACUAGCUGAAAUUUCACAUCUGUUUCAUAGAUUGUAAGCUCAUAUGAUCAGGGCCUUCUUCAGCUCUAAAAAAAAAAACAACCUUUUAAUAACUGUAAAGCUCUGCAGACUAUGUUGGUGCUAUGUAAAUGAUAAUAAAUAUCUGUGUUUCUCAAUCCAAGUUUCAUGGGUCACCAACUAUCCAUUAUUUAAGCAUUACCCAGUUAUGUACAAAUGGGGAUACUGACAAAACCUGGACCGUCUGUGUGCCUUGAGGAUGGGAUUGCUUUACCAGAAAGAGAAUUCAAUCGAAUUGCAAAUUUAAGGACAAAGGAGCCGAAAUGGAAGCAUAGCUGAAUUCGAGAAUAUUUCCAGUUUUGUUCUUUUAACCUGAAAUUUACAUUGAAUUCCCACUUUAGUGAAUAACCCUGACUGAGUUUAACAUCUUUGUCACUCCACCUCCAGUUGCAUUAUUAGCCAGCCAACAAGCUGUAUUUCCACCCCACAAUCCCCAAUGUUACACCCAUGCACACUCUGGGACAUUCUCCCCAAUGACAUCACUGGAGGAGGAUCAGUUUACUUGGCUUCAGCAUAGGAUUGCAGGCCCGUUUUUAGGUUUAUUUAUGCCAGUUCCGAUUACUACUGCCAAAAAUAAUGUGUUCUUAAAACAUUUUAUUUUUGGUUAGAGUAACCCUUUAAUGGGGUGUGAAGUAGAAUUAUGUAAUUCUUUCUUUCCUAUUCUUGCUAAACUGUCUUUUUCUCUUUGUGUAUAGAAACAAUAGCUCUACAAUUUCUCUUCAAUAACCCCCUGCUGUGCACUUUUACUGCCUCUUUUGCUCUUGUUCACGUGACUACAGGUGCAUCAAUCAGUAUAUGAGCUUUUCUGGUAAAUCCUCUCUGUACAUCUAUAUGCACCUGCUUUUUUUUUUUUUUAUUCUUGGUGUCUGUCUGAAUUCAGAGGCACUCUAUUAAUAUGACACUGAUGAAGCUUAUGAGUAGCAGGAACAAACGUCUGAGAUUGCUACAGGAUAUUUUUGAUCUGCCAUGCUGUAUGUUGCCAUUAAAUUUACCCUUAAUCCAGAGUGUAGAUAGUCUCAUCUUGGCAGCCGCUUCUCCCUCAAUAAGAAUUGUGCUCAGUCGAAAUCUAAUUGCUUUGCCCACCAAUCCAAUGCUUCAUGUAAAGAAGCACUGAAUGAAUGCAUCAGUAUACGAAGCAUUAAAGGACCAUUUUAGUGUUAGGAGUCCAAAGUUAUAUUACUAACACUCAAGUGUUUCUCUGCCCAUUCCUCCCUCAUGCCCCUUACUACUCUUGCCGCAGGGAAAGGGUUAAAACACCUUUUCCGGCACAAAUUGUCGCAGGGCUAACUCCAUGCACCAUAAGUUCUUGAACAAAGAAAUGUAAAAUUGCAUCAACAUUUCUUGGAAUGUCUCUCUAAUAGUCUAGAGCAGGCAUACACAACUUUUGGCACUCCAGAUGUUUUGGACUACACCUCCCAUGACACUUUGCCAGCAUUAUGGGUGUAAGAGCAUUAUGGGGGAUAUAGUCCACAACAUCUGGAGUACCGACGGCUGCCUAUCCCUGGUCUAAAGAAUGGAAUAGUGUGUGACAAUAGAGUAUUGACCCCAUGAUGCUCUUUAUUGAACUAAAUCCGAGCCUCUUGUUGCAUUGAAUAUUGGUAGCUUUGAUUUACGUGGCCAAGUUCUCUUCAUUAACGAGAAGCAGUCAGCUGGUUAGCGCACACACACUUCUUAUGGAUCUGUCCAUUCUUGUCUGCCAUUAUUAUGGCCACUCAGACUUUAUAACAUCUUAAUCUCAAUGAAGUUAUGUGUGGAGUUCCCGGGUGCCAUCUCAACUUCUGUGGUUAAAUGUUUUUAGAUUGCUUUAACUCCCAAUUUCUCUUGACAAUACCAAUCUUGUCUGCACCCUCCUCCAGCCCUGUCAGUAGCGCGGAUGCCUUUCCCUUGUGUGCCAGCUAUAGGUUGAAAACUUCUGUUGAGGCUUUCAGCCUGUAGCCUAUUACUGGCCGCUCGUUGAGAGAAAUGCCUUUAGAAAGGUACAUACAAAUGCCUUGGGAUUAUUUCAGGAUCACUCCUGAAUACACCUGUUCAUCUUGUUAUAACUAAAUUAUUUCCAUUGGUCCUUGAGGGUUUGUUUACAUUGUUCAGAGGCUGAAGGCUUAUGAAGACCCAGGAUGCUUUGCACUAUAUCCGUCCAUUGCUAAUAUGUCCUUUCAUGAUACUUUCUUAGGUACAAUUCAUCAGUGCUGGAUUAGGGCCUUUUGAGCUUAGAGUUUACAAAUUACUGUGUGCCCAAUUACAAAAUUAAAAUAACAUUAGACUGGCCUUCAUCUGUAUCUAUAAUUUGCAGCCAUGUAUAAAACUAUCCUCACAUGCUUUUAUAAGCUAGUGAUUUUAAGCACAUAAAAAUCCAUAUUCACAUGCAGGCUGAGGCAUGGAUACAAUGGCCUGUGUGUUUUGGGGUACAUGGUAUUCUGUUGUGUAUAAGACACAGAGGGACUUUGUAUAAUGGGCAUGGAGUAGAGAUAGACUCUUCAUAUAUCACACACACAUUUGUAUAUAGAGUUUCAGAUCUACCUUUAGCCAGGGACGUACUUAGAGCAUGUGGCACCCGGUACGGAUCCCAUGUUUCUCAAUUUUAAAAUGUUAAAAAUACCCACAAUAUUUUUCAUAUUUUUAAAAAUAUUUAUUGCACAUUUUUAAACCUGUACAAAACCUCUGCCCCUUCUAAAUAAAUAAACCUGCACCACUCCUUCACAAAAAAAUCCUGUCCCCCACACUUCUAUUAAACCCCUGUCCAGCCCCCUUCACAAAAACCCCUGCACCCCGCUUCAGAAAAAACCUUGCCCCCUCUACAAAAACACUGCCCAGCCUCCCUUCUACAAAACUCAUGCCCCCUCUACAAAAACCCUGCAGCCCCCUUUCUUCACAAAAAACACUGCAGCCCCUCUUCUUCACUAAAACCACUGCACCCCCAAUACUUCAGAAAAACCCCUGCAUAUCCUCUUCUUCACUAAAAACCUUGCCUGUUAUACCCAUUAAUUUAAAAAAAAUUGCAAGCAGACACUCACAAUUUGCUGCUUCUCUAGCCACUGCUGCUCCAGCCUCAAGGCUCUAACACCACAGUGCCGCGCAGAACAGCUUCUUCCGUUACUGCUUGAGAUACCGUGAACAGUGGUGUAUCCUGGUUUUGUGCUGCCGUAGGCAGGACAAAACUCAGGCGCCCCCCUCCCCCCGCGCCACCCCCACCCAACCCUUCCCCCCGCCCCACCUUCUAAAUACACACACACACAGUCAGACACAUACACAAACACACACACACACAGUCAGAGACACACACACACAGACACAAACACACACACAUACAGUCAGACACAAACACACAUACACAUACACAGUCAGACACAAACAGUGGCGUCUCCAGCAUUCAUAUUUAGGGGGGGCACAUGGGGGGCCGGGGACAGAAGUAGGGGGGCAAUUACAAAACGUGUGUGUGUGUGUGUGUGUGUGUGUGUGUGUACACACACACGCGUGAAGAACAUUUAAAAGUUAACAAAAUUCAGAUUUCCAGCACCUUGAUAAAUAUGCUUAAGUCUGCUUUAGAGAUGCAAUUGUAACAAUAUCUCAUGAUGCCAGAAUUGUUACAAAACUAGUUUAAAAAAAAAUAUAUUUUUAAAAAAAAAUAAUUUACAACAUGCAAUUUGAAGGGAAUUUAAAUUAACACUUCUAUAUCAAUAUUUCACAUACAUAGAAAAUGGUCACUUAACAGUGUAUUCUCUACGCUACAGUUUAAGCAUUUUAAAGUGACACAAAGUUGUAUUUUGAAAUGCUAAUUCAAGUGAAUUUUUACUGUAAGAAGAGCAGAUUUAGCUCCACUUCCAUGAACAAUUAAAAAUGGUUGGCACUAAAGUUUGUGCCCUGACCUAUAGUUGGUGAAUACUAUACCAACACAAACUAAAAUUACUUGUUUCAUUCUCUUGCUCACAAUAUGGAAUCCUGGGUACAUGCAUAUCAUUUACUCAAAAGCUGCAAUUAAAGUUCACGUUACUUACAGUAGUAGUGCCACUGUCUGGAGUGUCUGCUCCGCUCACUCAGUCCCUCUGCAAAUUGCACUCUCAGGUAGGUAAGGUUUCACACCUUAUGUGGGGCCGCACUGCAAACUGUUUGCAAUCUCUGGUAAGUAAGGUGACACUGUCACAACACUGUCUGCAAUCUCAGGAGUAAGUGCCACUGUCAUACCACUCAAUGUCUGCAAUCAGGAGUAAGUGCCACUGUCAUACCACUCACUGUCUGCAAUCAGGAGUAAGUAACCUUUGUCACACUCACACCACUCACUGUAAUCAGUGCAAUUAAUUCACUUUUCUCAGAACCUAGAUGUGGCAGAGGCAGCGGCCACAAUACCUGCUCCUCUCUGCUUGAUCUGUUCUGCCUCCUUUGCUCUUGCUCCUCUAUGCUUGCUCUGUUCCUCUUUGCUUGCUCUGCUCUGCCUCCUCUCUGCAUGCUGUGCUUCUAUUUGCAUGGUCUGCUUUUACUCCUCUCUGCUUGCUCUGCUCCGCCACUCUCGACUUGCUCUGCCUUUCUCUACUUACUAUGCUCCGCUCCUCUCUACUUGCUCUGCUCCUCUCUGCUCUUGUCCUCUCUAAUUGCUCUGCGCUGCCUCUUCUCUGCUUGUUCUGCUCCUCUCUGUUUUCUCUGCUCCUGCACACAUAUUGCCUAAUACAUACAAACCCAUACAUACACACUGCCUAAUACAUCCAUCCAUCAAUUUAUACACACAUAUUGCCUAAUACAUAGACCCAUAAACGCACACUGCCUAAUACAUACUCACUGAAUACUUACAUCCAUACACACACACUGCCUAAUACAUCCAUCUGCACACACAUAUUGCACAAUACAUAUAUUGCCUAAUACAUACACCCAUACACGCACAGUGCUUAAUACAUACAUCCAUACACACAUACUGCCAAAUACCAGACAUCCCAUGUCUCCCGGUAGUUCGGGGAGACUCUCGCAUGUUGAAUGCGGUUCCCUGACACCCGCAGAUCCUACAUAAUAUCCCGGAAAUCACACACACAAUCAAAUCUAUAAAGUAUGACUUCUGUGCAUGUCAAUAUGUGUGUGUAUCUGUGUGUGUUUCAGUGUGUGUAUCUGUGUGUCAGUGUGUAUGUGACAGAGUGUGUGUAUGUGCCAGUACGCAUAUCUGUGUGUCUGUGUGUGUUGGUGGAGGGGGGGGGAGUGAGCGCAAGCAUGUCAGGGGGAGGUGGAGUGACCGCACAUGUGCACGGGAGUGGCGUAGUAAAUUGUGAAGCCACCUCCCUGAAAUGCAUUUUUGCAUGUUGGGAUACAUUUUACAUUAAAUAUAUAAUUUAUAGCUGUGAUAAUAUUUUCAUUAAUUUGGUGGGAUUUUAUUUAUAAUAUUGUGGGAUUUAAUUUAUAGUAAUGGGUUUACGUUAAUUAAUGUUACAGUGAACCUGUCUAACAGGUUCACUGUAAGAAACUUUUUUCAUUAUAAUCUAUCAAAUGUAUUAUGAAUAUAAUUGGUCGCAUAGUCACUCGCACACGUCACUCGCACACACUCUAACAUACACUACUUACUGAAGUAUACACACGUCACACACUCUCACUAACACACGUAUUAAGUAUAUACACAAUGUCACUGACACACUCACUAACACACACUAUUAUUAAGUAUACACACAAUGUCACACACUAACACAUUAUUAUUACGUAUACACACGUCACUGACACACACUAUUAAGUAUACACACAAUGUCACUGACACUAUUAAGUAUACACACAAUGUCUCACACUCUCACUAACACACACUAUUCAGUAUACACACACAAUGUCUCACACUCUCACUAACACACACUAUUCAGUAUACACAUACUCUCACUAACACACACUAAUCAGUAUACACACACACAAUCAAUGUCUCACACUCUCACUAACACACACACACAAUGUCUCACACUCUCACUAACACACACUAUUCAGUAUACACACACAAUGUCUCACACUCUCACUAACACACACUAUUCAGUAUACACAUACUCUCACUAACACACACUAUUCAGUAUACACACACACACAAUAUCUUACACUCUCACUAACACACACUAUUUAGUAUACACACACACACAAUGUCUCACACUCUCACUAACACACACUCUUACUGAACUAUACACACACAAUGUCACGCACACCAGUUUAGUCACACUUUAUACAUACACAAACAUACACAAUAUGAUCAGCCCCCUUGGGCUCCAUGUGGGCCAUCCCUGUGCUAGGGCUGUGGAGGAGGAUCCAUUCAGUACUUACUGCUGGCUGGGCUCCCUCCAUGUUACUGAGAGCCCAGCCCCUGCCUGUAAACACGCACAGACACUGGAGGGAGGAGGAAGCAGGAAGCAGGCUGUGCUCACUGUGCACCGCUCUCCUGCUCCCCCAGCAGAAACAAAGGGGAGACUUCCUGCAGGCUGGACAAUGGUUCCUCCUCCCCUUCAGUGAGCACAGCCUGCUUCCCUCCUCCCUCCAGUGUCUCUCCAUGUUUACAGGCUGGGGAAUUCCCCUGCCUGCAGGAUCCAUCUGCUCAGGGGCUGGGCUCUCAGUAGCAUGGAGGGAGCCCAGCGAGCAGUAAGUUCAUUUCCAGUUGGGGGGGCACAAAGGGGGGCACAGCCUGAUCUAGGGGGGGCCAUGGCCCCCUCUGGCCCCCCCCAGUGAUGCCACUGGACACAAACAGUCAGACACAUACACAGACACAAACACACACACAGUCACACACAAACACAUUAACUUUUUUUUAAAUUUAAAUCCCCCCCCAGCCUCCUUACCUUUGGGAGUGCUGGGGGGGGGUCUCUCUCCCUGGUGGUCCAGUGGCUGCAGGGCGAGCGGGCGGCGCUGGCGAGGGAGCACUUCCUAUGAGCUGUCUGCUCAGCUCCCUUGCACGCCGGCUGCAGAGUGAGGCUGGGAGCCGGAAUAUGACGUCAUCUUCCGGCUCCCAGCCUCACUCUGCGGCGCGCGAGGGAGCUGAGCAGUCAGCUCAUAGGAAGUGCUCCCUCGCCAGCCGCCCGCCUGCCAGCGCCGCCCGCCCGCUCGGGAUGUCAGUUAGCCGCGAGGCUAACUAGGCAUUUGCCCUGGGCAUUUGGGGGGGCGGCGUUUUUUGCCGCCCCCUGAAAAAUGCCGCCCAAGGCAAAUGGCUUGUUUUCCUCGCGGCUAAUACGCCCCUGACCGUGAAGGGGUCAGGCAGAGUAUGUCAACAUCAUGGCAGCAUGGCGUUGCGUGAUGCUGCAUGCCUCCACUUUCCUCAUAUUUAAACAAUGCUGCCUGGCCCACAAGGGUGGAUGGUAGCCAUGAUUGUAGGUAUUAUCAUUUAUAUAGCACCAACAUUUUCCACAGUACUAUACACUUAAAGAAAGGUGAUAAAGUGGGUUCUGUUCAAAUAAGCUUACUAACUUUAAUUUUUUUGUUUCCCAUGUUGCUUAGCCAGGCCAGCAAGGAUAAAACAUUAUUUUUUUUUUAUUAUAUAUAUAUAUAUAUAUAUAUAUAUAUAUGGACUGCACAUCACAGAAGCAGAUUGAAAUAGACACAAGCCAUGUCUGGAUUUAAUAGUGUGGGCUUGGAGCUUCAGCUCCAAUAGUACCUACAUUUAUUUAUUUUAUUUAUUUGUAAAAUAUUUUACUAGGGAAUAUUAUUACACAACACAUAUACAAAAUUUAACAUAGAAUAAGUUUAUAAUUAACCAAGAUAUGUGCAUUGUGUUUUUGAGAUGUGUAGAGAGGGAUCUCUUAAAGGAUUUUAGGCUGGUGGAAGAUUUGAAAGUGUUCAGGAGGUCGUUCCAUAAUUGCCGUGCUCUGUUGAAAAAUUUUGAUCGAGCCGCUUUCUAUUUGUUUUGAGAGAGACUAAAUAAAGUGCUGGAUCGGAGGUUAUAGGAGGUGUGAACAGCCAGGGAGAGCAUUCUGCUCGGGUAGGGUGAGAGCAUCACAGAAAAUCUUUUAACCCCUAAACACAAGGCUGGAAAAGAUGAAGGGUGUAUCUGAAUUCCAGCUAUAGCCAUUCAUCUGGCCAUUUGAUCUAAUAUCUGCAGGCAUAAUGCAUAGAUGAAAUGAAUGCUUUGUAAGAUAACCCAAGUUUUUUGUAUUUCUAUAUAUGUACAAUUUAAGAAGUUGUUGUGAUGUCUGUUAGUGGGAUAGAAGAUGCUGUGCAUGUGACUUGAGUAAUGCACUACUUAAAAAGCAGGUACCUAGAGAGGGCUUGCUGACGCAGCUGCAACUAAAAGCUGUAGGUUGACAUGUAAACAUGUUUUAUGCAUAACAAUGAAAUAUGUGGUUGUUCAGUUGAACUGACGGCAUAUAAUCUAUGUGGGUGUGUGUUUUUUUUUUUUUUUUUUUUCUUCUCCUUUUCAAAGAGCGCUGAGUCCAACGUUGUGUCCAUGAACAUGAAUGCUCUUAUCCACUGCAGUCUUAUUUUCCCAUUUCAUACAAUCUUUUUAUGUAGUAAUGUUCCUAACAUAAACAUUAAAAAAAAAAUAUGAAUAAAAUUAACUAGAGAAUGUAUCAGUUUUUACUCUGUGAGCAAUUUUUUUCUCUUUCAAAUCCAUUGGUGCCAUUCUUAAUACUUCUCAUAUGCUCAGUACCAUUUUUAGAAUCGUUUCACUUCUUAUCUUGGACUUCUGGGUACUGCUCCCCAUCUUUACUAAUCAGUGCGAGAUUAAAGCUUAUAUCAGCUGAUUGUUUUCUGCCCAUGUGCUAGUUCUGCACUGCAGGGCUUAGCUAAUGAGUUUUUGGCUCAUACUGCACUGUACAGGAGGGGUAGGGAGUGGCACCAAGUGGACCACAGGAAGGAGCCAAACCGUUCUAACAAAGGUGAUAUCUUUAAAUUGGGGAAAGGGGUCCAGACACCAUAACCACAAGAUAGCACUGUAGUGGUUAUUGUGUCUGAAGUCAGAGGCGUCUCUGACUACACCUUAGACCGCCUAACCCAGCCCGUGAUGAGGGCUCGACACCAGAAGGGAGCUUACCCGGUGUGCUGCCAGGUGCAGGACUCCUCUAGUCUGUAGUUCUGCUGGGUGCACAGUUGCAGACCAUGAAGGUGUGUCUCGCAAGCUUUGGCCAAUAAGUGAAUUGCCUCAGAUUAUCAUUUAAGUGCCAGAGCUCGCCAGAAAACUACCUCAUUUUUUUUGCAACUCUGCCCAGUGGAGCUGCAGACUGGAGCCUGCUGGUCCACCAGGAAGCCCACUGGACCACUAGGCAGGCAACUGGUCCACUAGGGAAUUGAUUACAGCCCCAUCCCUGCCCAGGUUGGGGGAUACAAAAAAAUAAAAAGGUAUUGCAGGGUGUGGAGGCUGAACACAGAAACACAGCCUCACCACCCUUCACCCUGCCACUCCCACAUUAACCCCACCUAAUCCUGUCACACUCACCACCCUUUACCCUGCCUCAUUCUGUCUUACAGUAAUCCCCUUAAUACUUUCAUACACCCUUUCCCUCGCCAUAUUACACUACCUCCUCCAACCCUGUUUCACUCACCCCAACAACCCUGCCAUAAUCACACUCCCUCAUCAUGUCACACUCGCCCACUAAAGACAGUAUUCAUAUACACACGUACAUAGACCUAAAACACAGCUUCGCCACAAAAACACAGGCAGCCCCCAUAAACAAAAAUGACUCCUGCAGGUCCUCCACACACAUACAGUCCCUGACACAAGCACACUUGCUCAGUCAUACAUUCACACACAAGGAUACUCACUCUCAGGCACAUACACAGGUAUACAAUGCCAGACACACUCAGAAAUACACACAACCAGAUAAACAUCUGUAUGAUUGUAUUUAUCAAUGUGUGUUUGUGUCUCUGUACAUCAGUGUGUAUGCAUGUGCCUGAGUUUAACUAGGUGUGCUUCUAACAUAUAAAUACUAUAUACAAAACAUGGGGAAACACAUAUAAAGAACAUAUAGGAUAAAUAAUAUACAUGUGAAAUUAUGUUUUAUCUGUACAUUUUUUUUUAUUUUUUUCCCCUCAAAAUAAUUAUUUUAAUUGUUUCCGAUAACCCUUUCACAGUGGCAUUUAUAUAUACACCACUGCCAGGCUAUGCUACCAUACUCCACAAUUAUGUAUAGAAGGUAAGCAUAAUUGCAAAUUAAUGUAGUUUACAAAUUCUGCCAUAUGUAGCUCACAACACAGCGACACAAAGAGCCUCUGAACAAUGAAUACAGAGACUAGCGAUCUGUAUCCAGCGCUGUAAAUCUGCCCUUCAACAUAAUGGUUUUUUUCUAUUUUCCAUUUGCGGGGGUCCACACAGUCCUACAAUCAUUAAACUAACUCCAGUGCCAACCAAUCUGCCAUUUUUCCACAUUCAAAUUCUUAUGCCCUCCAGCCUGCCAUUUAUCUAUAUUUAUUUACUAUCAUAUUCUUUACCUCCAGUUUCCCAUUAAUUCUACCUCUUGGAUGCCCACAUUGAACCAAACCCCUUACACAAUAUAAGUGCCCUCUCUCACAAAUAAUGUGUUCACAAACUUGCUUCCCCCUUGUAUUCCCUGCUCAGUGCCAGCAUCUAGUGUAGUUCAACACUCCAAAAGCCUUGCAUGACCUUCAAUGUGGCAUUUAUUUGAUCCUUCACCCAAUGACUAUUGCUAAUAAAGUCUUAUUUAUAUAUACCGCCAAUCCCUAUAAAGAACACUACAUAAAGUUGCUAGGAAAGUGUAUUCUAAGACUAAUGCACAUGUAUGUCAAAUUGUAUGCAAUUUGCAGAUAGUCAUAGAUGGAAAAACUGCUCUCACUGGAAUUGUGUGCUACUUAUCGCCUUUAUUGUAUACUAAUGUCAUCAGUGAGUUUGAACUUGAGCAGAGACUUCACAAUGUUAACCAUUUAGUUACCCAUGACGAAGAUUUUAUGUUGAGUCUUGUCAGAUGUGACAUUGAAAUGUUCCUAGUAUUUAGUCUCUUCUCUGGUGCAUUCACAUAUCGCUGAAGGAGGUACAUAAAAGUAUACAUGCACAAAGCAAUCUAAUGUCUACUAUAGAAGGGAAGGUUCCUAUUUAAAAUAUCAAGCAAGGAAAGUACGUAUGUUCGAACAUACCAGGAGAAACCAACCCUGUAGUGCAACAAGAUCAUAAACAAAACUGUCAGACACCAAUAAGUCCAAAGAGUGAGCCAGGGAGCACUUUGAUGGCAUUGGUUCACAUACAGUAGUGUUGCCUCUUUCAAUGCACAAGGUACUGGGGAGAAUAGGCGUUUGGAAAUAAAAGUAAGUGUGUACAGAUAUCUGCACUGCAUGCAGAAAACAGAAUGAGAUCCAGAGUAAACCCUGAAGAAGCAGGCAAAUUAUUUAAACAUGAAGGAAAUACAGAAGAUGUCAGCAAUUUCUUUAAAAGUCAUGGUUUGUCAGGGAUUACUUGAAGACUGGUUUAUGAUAGAUUGUACACUCAGUAAAUACCAGAUGAUGCAGCAGCCUGCAGGUUAAUUUCUAUAAAUAUGUAUAAGAACCUUAAAGUGACACUCAAUGUAGCAUUGCAAGGUAUGCUCCUUGCACAGGUUAUGGUGCAAGGUGCUCCCUAGAUAUACAGCAAUAUACAAGAUUUGUGGCAGAUAAGUCCUCCGCUAUGCUUUUCACUUAACUUAUACAAGAUAUUAUGUACAUUUAACUCCCGUUUGUCUUGUAUAAGGUCUAUUCCAUAGCAGAUGAGCAAGAAUGGGUCAAAUCCUGCUCAAGGUCCCUUUAAAACAAGCUUAUGUGGGGUUUCAGGGCCUGACUGCUCUGCAGAUGUUUUAUUUGAGCUCCUCUGAACUAGACAUAAAUAUUAAAUAUCGUGAUUUAAGCUUCUAAAUAGCUGAUUAUCAGAAUCAGUCAAGUCUGCUGGUUCUUGGAACCAAUGAGACACCUCAUCUGCUGACAAAAAUGUCUUUGCAUCUGUGGCCUAGUUAACCAUUCCAGUGGAGGAAGAGGCCAAUCCUAGGCCGAGGCAGCACUCCUUGCUGAGGCAUUGAGCCAUAAGAAUCCCCAUUGGACUGAUGGAUGGUAUACAACUUUCUAACUGCCACUAUUGAGAACUUGGGCUGUAACUGUGCUGUUACUAUCCCCAUACAGCAAAGUGAUGGAUGCUACCCAAAGGAGCAGGCUGGGAGAAACCGCCUAUGACACACCCAGAGCUCUGAGCUGGAUGGCCAAAUUUGACCAAAUCUAUAUCCGCUUCUGGGAGAUUCUUGCUAAUAGGAAUGCCAAAUCUACAGCAUGAACCCAGGACCCUAUGCAGUAGAUAAAGUAGCAGCAGAAGAAGCAGAUUCAACCUGUCCAGGACCAUAGAUCACGAAAACCAGGAUUCCAAGCAAGCCGAGGUACCAACCCUCUAUCACUCACAAUGACCAGGAGAGCUUAUCAUCAGGCCAAUUUACGCUUCUGCUGUGGUGCAAAUUUGCAGUUGCCACUGGGAUACAGGACUAGGGACAAUGAGACACAGGAACCAUGAAUUGCAUGAAUUGGAGACAGUGGUUGGGUAUGCACCCUGGUGUCGGCAAGCUGGCUCUACUGAUCAACCCUUUGCACUGCUAUGCGGCUGCAUCAAUUUUAUGGUUUAUAGUCUAAUCUACUCUAACGGCACAGUUUAAUGCCUUGCAAUACACAUGCUAAAGCUAACCAAUGAAUGGUUAUUAACUACCUUUCUGAAAUUGUAAUUAUUUACUUUUUAAUUUCAUUUCUUUACAAGCAUAUCCUACUCUAAUAGCACAGUUAUGUUGUGUAAUUUGCAAGCUAAAUCUAGACCGCUAUUUAGAUACUAUUAGUCCAAAUUUGACAACUAUUAAUGUUUUUUUAUGUGCUUUUAUAACUUUUACCAUACCCUAAUUCAUUUAUAUGACCAAAAAGUAGGUGUUUUAUUUUGUGUGUUCGGUUUAUGACUUUAAAAAAAAAAAAUAUAUAUAUAUAUAUAUAUAUAUAUAUAUAUAUAUAUAUAUAUAUAUAUAUAUAUAUAUAUAUAUAUAUAUAUAUAUAUUUUUUUUUUUUUAAUAUGCAAGAGCUGUAUGCUGGUGAUAGUAAUAGUCUGUAAUGUCAGCAUCCCAAUAAGAAUGCAAUAAAUAAAAAUAUUUAAAAAAAUAAAUAAAAUUAUGCAAGUUUCCAUGUAAUGUGUGUGUGUGUGUGUGGGUAUAUACAGAGGUGGUAAUUGUACUUGGAUAUUUUUUUUCCUUACUGUAAAAACAAACCUUUAUUGUAUUAAGCACUUGAAAGGUUAUGCCAGAUGUCUUUUUGAUCUCUCAAGCAGGUACAAGAUGGGAAAAUCUUGUAGUCCCGUCAGCUGUGUACAUCUACACGUUUUAAUCAUCCACAUGCAGACAAAGAUUAAAAGCCAGAAAUAUUUUUUUCUCUUUCUUCUUCAUAUGUGUAAUUGUAGUUGCUGACAUGGUAAUUUUCAGCGUCUUGCAUGGAUAGACUUAUCUCUUAGACUUAGGCAGCUAAAGAUCAAAGUCUUCCAGCUGCAAAACUGCCUCUCUUUAAUUCCAGCCCUUUUGUUUGUUGGUAAUAUUAGCCCAACCUCAGUGCAGUCCUUGUGUCUGAUUAAAAUUAGAAAUUCUCUACCUGGUUUAAAAUAUUGUUUAUGAAAUGACACAUUUUAUAAGAAUGAACAGUCACUGUAUGGAAAAAGUGUGAAGUUUUCAUUUUUGUGUAGUGUGAUUUCUUUCUCGACCAUAGUUUUAAAAAAAUAAAUAAAAAAUGUAUGUGUGUGUGUGUGUAUAUAUAUAUAUAUAUAUAUAUAUAUAUAUAUAUAUAUAUAUAUAUAUAUAUAUAUAUAUAUAUAUAUAUAAUGUGUGUGUUUUGCUUUGUGGUUUUUUUUUUUGUUUGUUUGUGUUAUAGGUGGUGGUUUAUAGUAUGUGUGUGUGUGUGUAUAUAAAUUUAUAUUAUAUUACACCCCUCAACAUUUUUGUAAAUAUUUUAUCUUCAUGUGACAACACUAAAGAAAUGACACUCUGCUCAAUGUAAAGUAGUAAGUGUACAGCCUGUAUAACAGUGUAAAUUUGCUGUCCCCUCAAAAUAACUCAACACACAGCCAUUAAUGUCUACACCGUUGGUAACAAAAGUGAGUACACCCCUAGUUGUAAUGUCCAAAUUGGGCCCAGUUAGCCAUUUUCCCUCCCCGGUGUAACUCGUUAACGUUGCAAGGUCUUAGGUGUGAAUGAGGGGCAGGUGUGUUAAAUUUGGUGUUAUCGCUCUCAUACUGGUCACUGAAAGUUCAACAUGUCACCUCAUGACAAACAACUCUCUGAUCUAAAAAAAAAAAGAAUUGUUGCUUUACAUAAAGAUGGCCUAAGCUAUAAGAAGAUUGCCAAAGCCUUGAAACUGAGCUGCAGCACGGUGGGCAAGACUAUACAGUGGUUUCACAGGACAGGUUCCACUCAGAACAGGCCUCGUCAUGGUCGACCAAAGAAGUUGCGUGCACGUGCUCAACAUCAUAUCCAGAGUUUGCCUUUGGCAAAUAGACGUAUGAGUGCUGCUAGCAUUGCUGCAGAGGUUGAAGGGGUGGGGAUCAAUGCUCAGACCAUACGCCACACACUGCAUCAAAUUGGUCUGCAUGGCUGUCAUCCCAGAAGGAAGCCUCUUCUAAAGAUGAUGCACAAAAACAGUCUUGCUGAAGACAAGCAGACUAAGGACCGGGAUUACUUGAACCGUAUCUAGUGGUCCGAUGAGACCAAGAUAAACUUAUUUGGUUCAGAUGGUAUCAAGCAUGUGUGGCGGCAACCAGGUGAGGAGUACAAAGACAAGUGCAUCUUGCCUACAGUCAAGCAUGGUGGUGGGAGUGUCAUGGUCUGGGCCUGCAUGAGUGCUGCCGGCACUGGGGAGCUACAGUUCAUUAAUGGCUGUGUGUUGUUGUUUUGAGGUGGCAGCAAAUUUACACUGUUAUACAGGCUGUACACUUACUACUUUACAUUGUAGCAGAGUGUCAUUUUUUCAGUGUUGUCACAUGAAAAGAUAUAAUAAAAUAUUUACAAAAAUGUGAGGGGUGUACUCACUUUUGUGAGAUACUGUGUGUGUGUAUUGUGCCUCUCUGUAAAUAUUGCUUAAGACUUUUAUAAUUAUACGAACAGUAAGGAUGAAAUUUAUACUUCUAAUAUGAAAAUGGAACUUCUGCAAUAAAAAUACAAUCGGUUGGAGCUGUUCCUCAGGGAUCCCUGGUUUUUGUCAAACGGUUCAAACAUUUUGACCUAGUAAAGGGCUACGGCACCCAUUUGAAUGCUAGCUUGCACCGUAGUCAUUACAACAGGAUGUAAUAGAAAUGGUUCUUAAAUUACAAUUUUAAAUCUAUGUAUUUAAUUUCACCAUAUACAUGGUCAAAUGUCACUUCUCAAAUGUAUUCUGUUACAAUUACAUUAAUGUUCAGUGGUCAUGGACAUGUCUACAAAAAAAUAGGCUAUGCAUUCCUGAAAAAUUGUCACCACUGCUCGUUCCCAGAAUGAAAACAAAUGUGUUAUUCAAAAUAUUCUUAAAAUAGAUGUAAUUGACAUACAGUGGAAAAACUCUCUCCUAAAACUUUCAGAGGAAUGAAAUCUACAUGUUUCAUGGACAGUGAUACUUUAUCAAAACAGUCCGAUUAAUGUAUUCUGUAUGAUGCUCUGAUUCUGUCUGACUACAGACUGGCUUCUUCGGUUUAAGGAUAUUGGGACAUAUAUUCAUCCAUUUAUUGGUUUCCUUGGACAGUGGAUUUAUUUAGAUUUUUGAUUUGUCCUUUAUUGUGAAUAGGCCUUUUUAUUUUUAUUAGUAUAGCGUUUACCUCCUUUUUUUUGUAUUUUUUUUUUUUCUAAUGAACAUCUAGUAUUUGGGUACAAUUUGCACUAUGGGGAGAGCUGAAUUGAAGACUUUAACAUUUAAGGCCCAAAUAGCUGAACUGUUUUAAACAAAAACAAAAAAUCAAAACAAAUCUGCCAGUUUCGUGAAUUUAAAUUCACUUCACUUUGAAUUUCCCUAUAAUGGGUUAUUUACUAAUGGUUUUUACUAAUGUUUUUUGAGUUUUCCGAAAUUCUCAUUAAUCCUUUUUUUUUAUAAUUUUUUUUUUUUUUUUUUUUAGAAUAGCUUAACUGAAAACAUUGCUGACAGGAACAAUUUUAUCCAAUUUGACUAUUUCAGCCAAUUUUGUUAAUAACCUCCUCUGUACAUGCAUGAUCUUACGGGUUGUAGGUAAGUUUAGUACCUUCAACUAUUCUAACUGAUUUUAAUUUUUUUUUUGCAUUAUUUUAGUUUCAUUCGAUCACAUUCUUUCCUAUUCCACUUUUUACUCUAAAUAUAUUUUUAUUAAUAUCGCCAUUUAUAUAGCGCCAACAGAUUCCGUAGCACUUUACACUAUUGAGAGGGGGGGAUUGAACUAUAAAUAGGAUAAUUACAAGAAAACUUACAGGAACAAUAGGUUGAAAAGGACCCUGCUCAAACUAGCUUACAGUCUAUAGGAGGUGGGGUAUAAAACACAUUAUAUCAUUAAUUUCCCUCUUUGGGUCCUCUUGUUUAAAGCUGAUAUGUCCCUAUUCAGUAUUUCAUAACGAUAUCAUUUCAUUGAAAUUCCAACGCUGGACAAAGUAGGGACUACUUUGUCUUUUGUUAAAGCCUGAGGUUGGCAAAAGUUGACAAAAGGCAGUGAUCCAUUGUCAACCUUUGUCCAAUCCCAGCAGGCUUAACAAAAGUCUGUGGGAUUCAGGCUUUAUAUAUGGAGUAUUACGUAGAGAUCUUCGAUAACCCUCAAUGUGGUACUCUCACAUAUGCUCGAGAGUACAGCUCUAAUGUGACUUGUGGCAACGGAAGCACCAGGAGCUGAAGAGGACAACAGGCAGAAGAAAGAAGAUGGUUGUGAGCGACAGCCUGAGGGAAGUAAAAUUUACCUCCUGCAUCUUACAACCCCCAAACAGUUGAAGAACCUAGUUUAACAACAUUUAUGCUAGAAAAGCAUCAUGGGUUUGUCAUUUCAUAAUGCCUGGAGGAGUAACCUGUUGGAUUAUAUUAUUUAUAUAGCGCCAUCAGAUUCCGUAGCGCUGUACAAUGGGUGGGCUAACAGACAUGUAAUUGUAACCAGACAACUGGACGUACAGGAACAGAGGCGGUGGAGGGCCAUGCUCCAUGAGCUUACAUUCUAGAGAUCCAUUUUCUACUUUAUUUUAUUACUAAAUUCUGCAAGGGAAAUGACAACGAUGUUGCUAAAACAACAAAACAUUUUAGGAUAAAUGCGCUUUUCAGUGUUACUGGCCAGACUUUUUAUAAUCCAAACACAUUUAAAAAGUGUGCAGAAUGGUUAAACAUUAGUUUUCAUGUGCAGUAAAAGUUGGAAUGUCAGCAAUGUAUUUCACUCUACAAUUAAUUUCCUUGUCAAGACUACAAGUCAAAGUUUGUCUGAGAGGUUUUUUUUUUUUUUUUUAUGUAAGGUAUAAAGUACAAGUCAUAAAUUUGACACAUUACAAGUAUUUGACUUGGCAUCAGCAGAUAAUUUCAUAAAUCCAUACUGCUGAUUACAUUCGUUAUCACUUAUCAGGCACUAUUAAUAGCUCUCGUCUGAAAAGUUUAUAACCGUCUGCAUAGAUUCUAAUUGCUAUUUGACCCAUUUAGCCUAUUUCCCAGUUGAUGAUUGGGAUGUGUAUGCCUGAUUCUGACUGUUAACAGUUUUAUGAAGGUCACAGUACAAGUCUAAUUUAUCCUGUUAUUUAUAUAUUUCUUUACUCCAAAAGCAUUUUAUUAAGAGAAAUCCUAUUUAAAUAAAACAAUCCUAUAAAAUAAUUAGAUCUAUGUAAAUUUGUAGACUCAAGCCUAUGUUUAGAGGUAAUGGAUGUUUGUCCUUGGGAAUGUAGUGGUUGGGUUUCUGUUUCUAUAUAUGUGGGAAUGAUUAUGCAUCAAGCAUUUUUUGUUGUAAAUUCAUGACUUGUUUUUAAAAGUAGGCAUUUUGUCUCCUCCCUAAAUAUCCGUUAAUUCUGCAUUAUCAUGGUGAUACCAUGGUGAUUACAACAAAAACAUGUAAAACUGUGCUGAUUUAUUACUAGUUGUAAUAUAGUUCCCAUACUGUAGACAGGGGCUUAUGCUCACUAAGGGCAAGAUGGUGAAUGGAAGUUUUGAUUCCAGUUAAUGGAAAAAUAUUUUAGUGCGUUUACAUGAAUUUAAAUUGUACAAGUAUCCAGUAAUGUUCAAAAGGAUAGUCAAUUAAAUUAAAAUAAUUAGGCAAAAAACAACAACAGUUUAGCAUCUUGAUGAAUGUUGGUUGAAAACAAAUGGAUAUAAAAUACAACCAUAACCUGAAUAAAAGGGGAAACUAUGGGCCCCAUAACCUCUACAGCUUGCUCUAGCGAGCAGGGCUGUGUAUACAUAUAAUGUUGGUGUUUAACACAGAUGUGUAUUUGUAUGUAGUGCUGAAGUUUGAAUGCAGGGGUGUAUUUGUGUGUAGUGUUAGCAUGUGAAUGUUGAGAUGUAUGCACAUAUAUACAAAAACACACUCUUAAUACAAUACAGAUAUACACACCCUGAAAUACAUGCAGACACAUAGAUAUAUACACACACAGUGACACACAAAUACACAACCUGACACAUCGAUACACAGACACACAUACUAAUAACAUACAGAUACACAUACUGACACACAUACAGUCACACUGAUACACAUCCUGACAUACACAAAGAUACAAACACUGACACAUAUGCAUAUACACACACACACACACUUCAUACAGAUACGCACACUUAUAUACAGACAAACUGACACACAUACACUGAUAAACAUACUUACACAGACACAUAAACUGACAGAUAUAUACUGAGACACACAGACAUACUGACCAACAGAUAUAUACUGAGAGACACACAGACAUACUGACAAACAUGCUGACACAUUCACCAACACACACACACACACAUCGACAUACUGACACAAAGAUCAAAACUGAUGCAGACAUGCACACACUGACAUACAUAUGGACACAUACACUAACAGACAUGCUGACACACACACAUACUGACAGACAUAUUGACACACAUUCACAAACACACACACAGGCAUGCUGACACAUACACUGACAGACAUAUUGACACACAUACACACUGACAAACUGUCACACACUGACAGACAUAUUAACACACACAGGCAGACAUACUGACACAUACACUGACAGACAUACUGAGACAUACAGACACACACACAUUGACACAUACACUGACAGACAUAAUGACAUACAGACAUACUGAGACAUUCACUGAUACACACACACACACACACACACACACAAAAUUUACACUAUUAAACCCACCCUCCAGUUUCCUACUUUGUAGGGUGGCUUUCCCACUGGUGGCUGAAGCUGUUGGGAGUUGGGGUCUGGCUAGCUUGCCCAGACCCACUCCGCUCUGCCUCCUCCUGCGCGGCUCCUCUCUUUAUGGGGGGGAGGUGACCUGCGACCGUCACUUCCUCCCAGCCGGCUGCCAAAAAGCAAGAGGGCCGAUCGCACUCUUAAAGCGCAAGACUGGGCCCCUGCUGACAGAAGCCCACCGGGUGGCCCAUGCACUAAGGGCCACCCAGUGGGCCUCCUUAGUGAGCGGCUGCACAGACGGGUGGGAGAAAUGCUUGAGGCCAGUGGGGCCCACGGUGCAGAUGCUUCGGGCUCCCCAGAAGUAACUAUGCCUGGGGCAGCUGCCCCAUUUGCCCCACGGUAAAGACGGCCCUGCAUUUCGGAGAAAACCAGCACGUUUUUUUCCAUUUGUUUAUUCUUUAUUAAUUUUUUCUAAAUUAUUGUUGAUAGAAAAUACAAAAGCAGACAUGGAAUCAAAAAUGACCGUACAACACUUAUGAAUCAUGGUGAACAGUCAAUUUAAAACACUCCUCCCUUCCUGUUAAAUCACAUAUUCACGAAUUACUCCGUACCUAACCAGCACGUUUUUAAUAAGACAUUCAAGAUAGGUUUGCAAGAGUCCACUUCUAUGAGAUAAACAGGCAAACGUAAAGGAAACAAAGAUAGAGUAAUCAGGCUAGAUUCAAUGGAAUAUAACAUUAAGAAAAAAUGCCUCUGCGGUGUUGUCUCACAAGCAGAACACUCCAGCUAGCAAAUUACAUCCACAGGCUAUGUGCAGACAUGUAAAAGGGGUCUCAACUUUGCGGUCAGCCAAUUCCUGUUAUGGGUAUGGUGCAGUGCCAUGCGAUAUUGCCAUUCAGCUUGCCCAGUGUCAAUAUCAGCUGGGAGUUCCCUGUGCCUAGCUGCUGCCCUCGACAACCUGCUUCCUUUUGCAUGGUCCACAUGCUUGCCCAUAGGGUAGGUGCAGAUGACUUUGAUCUGCUCUUCACCUUCCUUGAGGUAGGUCGGGAAGGCCUUCGCCAUCUUGGACGUGUUUUAUGGCGUUGGGCACUGUGGAGCGUUCUCUGAGGUGGUGCAGGUACCUUGGGUAUUGAUUGGGUUCUCCUGUCACUCAGCUUCCUCCAGAAGGCAGCAAACAGUGCAUCUAGCCGCUAUAGGAUGUUGGGCACCUCUCCCAGGGGAUCUGUGGUACAUGCGGCUUCCGCCAUCUUGGAAGAAUCACACCAGAGCCAUCUGUAACUGCGUAACGCCAUGGAGCACUGUUGUAGUAGGGCAGCUAUUGGGGUGAGGACCGGGAUAACCCCCGCCGGUCCUGAGUGGGGUAACAGGCCCGAAGGUGGGGUUCGGGAGAGUGGCCGCUUCUCCCAGCCAGCUUCAGUACUAGGCCGCACAAAGCCUCCUGCCAAUCACCAGCAGGAGCCAAGAUGUCAGGGCACUACAAGUAACCUCUGCUCAGCAGGUGAGUAGCAGGAUUGAACUGUAUUGUAAAGCGCUACGGAAUCUGUUGGCGCUAUAUAAAUGGCAAUAAUAAUAAUAAUAAUAAUAACUGAGACAGAAUAAUUCCCUGAGAGGCGAUGGAAUCAAAGGAUUAAUUGGCUAGGCGAGGAGCUCUAACAGAAUGCUUCCUGCCGCCAUUAAGGUCAGGCCCCGCCCCCUCUUAUCUUAAUUUUAUCUGCAAUGUGCAGUGAAUGUAUAUAUCUGUUUUUUCUUUUUAUGUGAACACUUGCCAUAUCACACAUUUUCUGCAAAAAGUUAUCCUUUUAAAAACCUAUCAGAACUCUUCACUCAUUUUUUGUACAUCUGCAGCAUUCUGCAUGCCUUUGUAUUUGUCAGUUUAAAUUUUUUUAUGCCUGACCUCACUUGGUACUUGGCUGGUGAGGUUGAGGGGAUAAUGGCAUCGACCAUGGGAAUGUAUGACAACCACAAAAGCUGUGUGUGUGUGUGUGUGUGUGUGUGUGUGUGUGUGUGUGUGUGUGUAUUUGUGUAAUACAAUUUAUUGUAUAAACUAAUUUAUGUAUGCAUAUAUAUGUGCAACAGAUGAACAAAAUCUAUAUAUAAUAUACAUAGAAAGCCGCAUAUAAAAAUCUGUAAUACAUUAUGCCAAGUAGAUGGCGUUUAAUGCUAAAUGUGUUAUACAGUGUUUCUCGGGGGAGAAAAAUGGGUCAUUGUGUUUGAGCUAUACAUCUGUAACUACACAAAUUAUGGGGCCCGGGCACGGAAAGAUUGGAGUUAUGGGGAUUUUGUCUGUUUCUAAUCUUUUUCCAGGAAAUAAUGACUUGGAAGAGGCUAUGCCUCCGUUAAUGCAUUUGGCCACAGAAUUAACUGUGCAGUGGACAUCUGGGGCAUCAGAGAUAUGCAUGUUCACUUUAUUGUAUAUUGGGUUACAUUUGCACUACUACAAAAAUAAGAAAAAACACAUUGAAUCCUUGAUUACUACUUCAUUAAAGCAGCUCUGUCAACCUCCACCCUCUUUAUGAAAUACUCACUGACUGUGUUGCAAUUUUACUGAAAUGGGUGAUACAUACCAUAAACAUACAGGAUAGACAGACAUUUACAUACUUCCUAAACUCUCCUUAUUAAGGGCCUAAAUCCCUGUGUCCAUCUUUUCAAUCCUAGUGUCCCACUUUCCUAGGAGCUCUAUAUUGUCUUGGGUAUAUAAUAGAAUUCCACGGCAAUAAUGCUCAUAGUAAUGUAGUAAACUACACUAAAUGUGUUUGGAAAUCAGUCUAUGUAAAUAAGAUGUGUUGCUAAAUUACAUUUGCAUAAAUUGUUAUAGAUUGUUAUAUUUAAGACCUAAAAUUUCUUAAUUCACAUCCUUGGCCGAACUCCAUAAACAUUGUAAUACUGGAAUGUCUUAGUUGAAAGCAGUGGGCCAUGGCUGCUUUCAUCCCCAUGAAAGAUGUGUUUGCAAAGAUAUACCCCAUCAAAGAUUCUUUUCUUUUUAUCUUAGUGCCUUUCUACAAUUCUUUGCAUGUCUAAUAUUGAUACUAGGUUUGGGUGCCUGCUUACAUUUUUUUUUUUUCUGUGCCUCAUUACAAAUCGUAACUUCAGAUCACUGCUUUAAAAUCUUAAUUUGUAUACUUUAUUUUUUUUUCUCCUGAAAUGUUAAAACUAAACUAAGCCUCACAUCCAUGAAGCAUGAUAAAAAGAAGACAAAUGGGAGACAUGAAAGUCACAAUACAGACAGUCUGUCCAUCUUUGGAGCCUAAAAUUUGUCAGGAGGGCUAGCCUGGUCUUGUUCUUGAAUUACCUGAGCUAUUACUGAUCAAAUACUUGCACGCAUCACAGAGAAAAAAAUGUUGUUCAGUAAGGUUUUUUUUAACUUUUUUUUUUUUACUUGGUUAUUUUUACACUAUUAAUGAAUGUGAAAUAUUAUGUGUGACCUUGUAAACAAAAUAUAUUACCAUGGAUACACCAAUGUGGACUUAUUCUGAGAGAUUUAUUUGUUAUCCAAAGAAAACAUAAUGUGAAGAUGCAUGAAUGUGACCAUGGUAUUAAGUUGUUACCUUCAAAGAGUUCAAGAAUUUCUGUAACUGUUAAAGCGCAUCUGUUAGUUUUUUAUUUUUUAAAUAAUUUUUUUUACACACUUGUCUUAUGUCCACAUCCCCCUCUGAAGAGCCCUUUUUUAAAUUAAAUUUUUGAAGUUUUGCAGAAGGAAAAGUAGGGACUGCAAAAGGUGGAGCUUUAUUCUACCUCUAUAUUCUUUUGUCACUGGUUGUCGUGUUCUAACUCACCACCUUCCAGUGACACAUCACUUUCAGCAGCAUCAUGUCAUCGACUGUCUAUUUAGACACUCGAUAUACUAGGUCGGAAGAAGCGGUUUCAAGCAGCAUCCAUCUUGGAAACUUGUAGAUGACAUCUAGGAAGAAAACAUAAGUAGCACCGUUCCCGGGGUCACCAAAUUUGUGGAAGGAGUCAGGGGAGCUUGAAGGAGGGACAUACAGGGCUGGGGGACCGGGGAGAAUUUAGUGACCGAUCUGCUUUAAGGGAUUCUCAAGUACUGAGUUGCAAGGUAUAAAAAAUAUUCAUCCUGCAAUAUGUAAAUUGUGUAUAUGGACAUUUGGUGACAAAAUUGUGUAUUUGGAAUGGAAUCCUAACAUCUUUUAGUACCAGACCUACAUGAUUUGAAUGCCACAGAAUAUUUGGGAAUUGUUGCAGCAUAUGUAGAUAUUUUUUUCUAUAUAGAUCAUCUCCCCUUUGUGGUGACAAUAUAAUCACUUUAGUGUGGACUUUUUCUGCAGGAUUAUUUUCGCUGUUGCAAAGCACAAUUCAGCUCUAGCUAGUUCCAUAACCAUAGUGCCAUUGACCUGCAGAGUUCAAUAAAGAGAUUUGGAAAGAGGCAGAACGGUAGAAGCUACCUAAAUGUGUAGAUGUAAAUAUCUGUAGGGGGAGACUGUUUACUCACCUUCUUCCUAGCUCCAUCGUACUGAUUUAAAUGGUUAAAUUGUCCUUUCUUUUGGCCUCUACCAUAUCUGUUAAUUAUUUAGCUUCUUUUCUUUCCACAGCUUUCCUUAUCUAUUCUAACUAUACUCUUGGUUGGCACUUUCUUUAUAUUUUGAAGAAUUUUGGUCAUAAUAAAUAAAUAAAAUAUAUAUAUAUAUAUAUAUAUAUUGUGUGUAAUUUCCUUCCUAAAUGUCAAUCGGUACUGUCUUAAAUGUCUUCAAAUCUAAAAUGUUUUUGGAAAAUGUAUACUGGGUUUGUGUGUUUACUAUUUUGUCUGUAAAUAAUUUUUGGUCUAUUACUAUGUAGUAUCCUUUUUGUUUUUUAUUUUUUUUUAUUUUUUUUUAUUUUUUUACCAUAUACCCUUUAUCUUUUAGAUUUUUUUUUUCCCUGUAUUAAAUUAUUUUACAAAUUUAAAUUGCUUACAAAUCUUUAAAAAAUGUAAGCCUUUUUUUUUUUUUUUGGGUGAAAAUGUUCCACAAUCUGAAGACCUAUAAUUUUUUUAUUUUAUUUUUUAGGCCUAAUGCUUCUGGGCCCAUAUUGUAUUCUGAUCUUUGUGUUUAAUUCCUUAAAUGAAGAGGAUGUGCAUAAAUCAAUAUUUAAAAAAAAUAAAAUAAAAAAACCCACAAUAAAAAUAAAUAUUUAUGUUUGUACUGGUGAUAUGAAUAAUGCUUUCAUGCUUUAUCUUAAAAUGAGUUCCUAUGUUUUUCCACUACAUUAGCAUUUUAACUCUCUUGUUAAAAAAAUGACUCUAUAGUUUACUAAUGAGGAAUGUAAUUUAGGUCAAAUUUUUGCUGACAGACAUAAUCCUGAAGUCCACUUGUCUUAGGAAAACCUCAUCCAUUAAAACAAAUUAUAGGCGCCAAAAGAGACAAGUGAUUGACUUUAUCAGUAAUGAAUGCACUUGUAUGUAUUUAGUCAGCUUUUGGUACUUAAUUGAGGCUACAAGGUCAAAAUCUGUCAUAUGUGCAGCGUAACAGAUGGGCUGCAUGAAAGACUUUGGAUAAGUGAAGAGCAUCUGUGUUUAUAUCAUGUUUGAUAAAUAUAUCUUGUCUUUCUUCAUUACAAUUAAUCACUCAAAGUGCAAACAAACGAUAAAAUACUAAAAAUAAAAAGUAAUAAUAAUAAAAAGUGCUACAAUGCGUUCAGGUGGCAAACUGAAAAUUUUUGGAUUUUAUUUUUAACUUAACUAAAGAGUGUGUGUGUGUUUGUUUUUUCUUUAUUUAAAGCCAGGGAUACAUACGUGAGCUCAGAAAUACAUACUAUCACGAGUAAUAGUCCUUUAGUCAUAGGCGUGCGCAGCCUAUUGCCUUAGGGUGUGCACACUAAAGCAUGAACACACGCUGUGUGUGUGUGUGUGUGUGUGUGUAUAUAUAUAUAUAUAUAUAUAAUGUGUAUGUCUGUAUGUAUAUAUACACAUACACUGCUGUGUGUGUGUGUUUGUGACUGUGCUGUUUGUGUGUGUAUGUUUGUCCUGUGAGGGUGCUGUUUGUGUGAGUGUCGUGUAUUUGUGAGGGUGCUGUUUGUGUGUGAGGGUGUUGUGUUUUUUUUAAAGGUGCUGUGUGUGUUUGUGAGGGUGCGGUUAGUGUACUGUAUGUGUUUGUGCUGUAUGUUUGGAGGGAUUUGGCAGAUUAGUAAAUCCUUGCUGCCAUGUGCCAUCCCUGGUGGUCCAGUGGAGAGUGAACUCUAGCCUGUGGGGCUAGAGUUAACUCUCGCGAGAUCUGAGCGUUGCCGCAGCAACGCUCAGAUAUCGCGAGAGGAACCUGGCGGAGCUUCUGUCUAGAGCUCCCUGGGUCCUCUCCUGCCUCCCUCCAUGCUGCUGUGGGCCGGUGAGGUAGAUCUUUGGUCUCCCCGCCGGCCCAUGGAGGCUUAGAGCAGAGCCGGCACUCAGAUAGCGCCGGCUGCGUGUGUGUGUGUGUGUGUGUGUAUAUAUAUAUAUAUAUAUAUAUAUAUAUAUAUAUAUAUAUAUAUAUAUAUAUAUAUAUAUAUAUACGUACACACACACACACACAUUCACAGACAUUCACACACAUACAUUCACAGAUACACACUCACUCACUGACACACUCACACUCACACAGACACACACACAUACACUCACACACACACACAUUCACAGAAACACACUCACACAGACACACAUUCACUGACACACUCACACACAUAUACACUCACAGACACACACAGACACUCACACACAGACACACACACACUCACACAUAAGAACAAAUUAUUACAUUUUAAUUUAAAAAAAAUGUCCAUCCAGCCUCCUACCUGGAGUGCUGGCGUGGACUUUUCCCUGGGGUCCAGUGGGGCGGGCGCUCUCGGCAGCUCAGCCACGGCGAGGGAGCUCUCUGCUGUCUGCCCCCUCUCGAGAGGGAGCAGAGAGCAGACAGCAGAGAGCUCCCUCGCUGCGGCUGAGCUGCCGAGAGGUGGUGCGGAUCCAUCACCUCUUGCCCUCCCCAUGACAGGGGCAAGAGGUGAAACAGGGGGCGCUGAGUGCCUGCAGGAACAGCGUUCCUGCUCAAAAAAAGUGCAGGAACGCUGUUCCUGCAGGACUCAAACCAUAGGCGUGCCACGGGGAUUAGGGUGUGCCCAGGCACACCCCGUGCGCACGCCUAUGCCUUUAGUUUUACAGAAAUAAAAAUAUAAUAGUGGUAAAGGGGGUACUACUAGGAAAAGAUGGCAAAGUUUGUAUAAAGCGAUUAAUAAAGGUUUAAAGUGGCACUGUCAAAAAAAACUAUAGAAUAUUUGAAAUGCUCAUAUUGACGCAGUUAGAUUUAAAAUUAAAUUCCAAUCCAAGUGAUAUACUGAGACAAAUAGGACCUGCCACUUAGAACCUGCAGUGGUCACUGAUAUCUAUAUCAAUGGAGGAUUCCGCAGUGUUUCAGGAUCCUCCAUAGACCUCAAUGCUGUACACUUGCACAUGCGUAAGAGUACAACAGUGAUGUUGGCUCCUGAAAUUGAAAAACCAGGAGCUGAAGAGGACCUGCCAGAUGAAAAUGACAUCAUCUUUAAGAAAAGGGUUCAGGUAAGUAGAACUUGGUGACCUUUGGCUCCGCCAUAACCGGACCCCCCCAGCAGCAAUGUCACAAUGAUUGAAAAUUCUGCACUGUCCCCAGACAGUGACUGUGCUGCUUUAAGCCAAAAUGCUGUUCUAAAAUGUGUCUAGCAACAAGUAAUUUUUAUCAUACACUCUUUGAAAUUGACACGGAAGUCAUUCUUUAGACCUGGAUAGCAAAAUCAGGAUCAGGGGUCAAAGUCAAAAGGCCUUUAAAAGGCCCUGUCUAGUACAUUUUUUUUUUUUUACUUGUUUCCAAAGGUUGACAACCUCCAGACAACAGCAUGACUUUGUGUCCACAUUUCCUCCACCAAAUAUCAUUCAACAAUUUGUCCAUCCUUAAUUACUUAACCAUGUUAGUAUAUCACCUAAACAUAAUCUUAAACAGUUGCUCCUGAAAGGUCACAAACAACAAGACUUGUGCAUCUGCCUCCAAAAUAGUACGUUCCAAAGUACCUUCUUCCUCUAAACCUAGUAAACCUAGUAAAUCUGCUUCCCAAUGUCUGGGAUAGGUAAGGCCAUCCAAGACUUGAAAUGUUGAUAAAUAAAGUCUUGCAUUGCUGAAGUCUAAUUGUUUUGGCUGGAACACUUGCUGCAUAGACUCUCUCAAAGAAUGUAGGUUUCCUAUACAAUUCAUAUAUCAUACCUCCCACCGUUUUAAAUAUACAAAGAGGAACUCUUUAAAGUGGCUCUGUCGCAACCAUAUACUUUAUAGGCCGCCUCAACUGUACGCCUUAUCAGAGUCCCAGCAAUGUAAAUUUGGCUUCUAAAAACACCUGCACUAACAUUAUAUUAUUUAUUUGUCGUGGCACCUGAUCCUCAUUGCCGGUGCCGUCAUCUUCAAAUUUUUGGCAGCGACGUAAUGUCACACUGCCUUCUUUGCCCAUAGUAUGAGACUGGGGAAACUAGUUUCAGAAUCCGCGCUAAACUUGUGUGUGUGUAUAUAUUACUAUGGAGAUGUACAAAGCUGUGCAUGCCCAGUAAGCCUCGAGCAAUAAAAAUUGAACUGGAGGUACACCGCAUUCAAAAAUUUAGCAAGUCAUUAAAGGAUGGACAGGAUAGAGGUGAGUAUUGUGAGAAAAGUAAUUUUUACAUUUUUUACUUUUACAUUUAGUCAUAAUUAGGUUUACUAUCAGUAACUGAAUGCGUCAAUCUGGUUAAUGGUAAUUAAACACAUACAAUACUGCUGCUAUUCUUAAUUGAAGUGAAAAAAAUUUAAAUAAAAGGCAUUUUAAAAAUUCUAAUGCUCCACUAAAAAUAAUUGUCUUGCAUCUUGCAUUUUUGUACUGUAGAUGAAAAAAUCUGUUAAUUUCUUAUUCUUGGAGUUAAAAAUCUACAAUUCUUAAAGGAACACUAUAGUGACAGGAAUACAAAUGUGUAUUCCUGUCACUAUGGUGUUAAAAAUGCAGUAUAGGGCCCUGGGUUCCCUUGGCACACUUUAAAAAAAUAAACUUACCUUUUUUUCCAGCACUGUGCGGGUCUGCAGUGGCUGGCUCCACCUCCUUGGCUGAGAUCAUCAAAACUGAUGACCUCAACCAAUUCAAUGCUUUCCCAUAAGAAACAAAUAGAGGCUAUUGUGCAUGUGCAGCAAAACACCGCACAGCACCAAUCUGCAUUUCCUCAUAGAGAUGCAUUCAAUCAAUUCAUCUCUAUUAGGAAUGUUUAGCGCCUCCCUCCAGUGGGUGGAGAUGCUGAAUGUCAAUGCUGCACACUAGAGGUGUUACAAGGCAGUCAUUUUCUCUGAAAAGACAGAGUUUACAUUAAAAAGCCUGCAGGGACAGGCAGUAGACACCAGAGCAACUACAUUAAGCUGUCUCUUUAAGUUAUCUAUUAAACAAAAAUAUUUCUCACAGAGCUAGACAUUGCUUGUGUAGAGUAGGUGGUUUAGUGCAAAGGGUCAAAUCUUUUUAUAUUUUAGAACCUUGUCAUCAAAAGGCUCUUGUUUUGGUCUAGUGACAAAUGUUAUAUUUAGCUCAUUUGUGUUAUUGUAUCAACCUUAUCACCCUUCCUUAAGCUUCUUACCUUACCAUUUAUGUAUUUACUAAAAUUUUGAAUGUUAUUAAAAUCUCACUUUAUGUAGUUACAUUAUGUUGCAAAUAUGUUUUUAUAUUGUCUUUUGAAAUAAAAAUGUAUUUCGAAAUGUAAACAUUUGAAUUGAGUAUGCAACUGGAAACUAUUCAAUACCACUUGUUGAUUUGGGCUGUUGAUAUCACUGGUGCUAAUGCUGUAGGUCAGACAGAGGAUUAUGGGAGGUGUAGUCCACAUUAACUGGAAUAGCACAGGUCGCAUACUCAAUAGGCGGGAUAGGCAACCUUUGGUACUUGAGAUGUUGUGAACUAGCAAUAUGGCUGUAUUAUGGGAGGUGUAGUCCACAACAUCUGGAGUGCCGAAGGUAGCCUGCCCCUGCUCUAGAAGGAAAUGUGUCAAUGAGACUUGCUCAUAUUUGUCAUAUUUUCUAUUUCAACUUAAAAUGCCAUUAUGCCCUGUGCAUGAUCGUGUUGCCACUAAACAGCAGAGUGGUAGAUAAUGUAACAAAUAAGGGAAAGGAUUGUUGGGGUCUGUAGUAUUUCUCACCCAAAACUCCCAUGUUUUCACUUUUCCACCUACAUAGCCUAUGGUAAGGAAUGAUAAGUGAAUUAGUUAAAUUUGAAUAGAUGGUAAAGCUUGGGAGAAUGUUUACUAGAUAUGUGGUUUGUAUCGUCUGAAUGGCAAAACAUUCUUUAGAAAUAUGCAGACAUGUUCGACCUGUUUUCUUUACUUUCAAAAAUCAACAUGUUUAAAUCCACAUUGCAUUGUUUUUGACUUUUUUUUUUUUUUCUCCUUGUUCAUAGAAACAUUGUGAUGAGAGCUAGGGUUCUACAUUGAGAAGGGUUUCUGGCAACUUCAUCCUAGUAAAGAAAAAGAAUUCAAGACUAUCUGCUCCCGUGACCUUCAUUAUGAGCAGGCCGUUAUUCCAAGCCAGUAUGCCAGAACAUGAGAUCCACAAUGUUUGUGUUUGGCUGCCCAACAGAGAACAACUGGAUGUAACGGUUGGGGUGAGUGCCAUGUGCUCUUUUUCAAAUGUACAGAUGUAAGGUUUAUUGUGUUCUUGUCUCAUAUAUGGCAGCUUUUGAAAUAUUAUUACAAAUAUGCAUUUUUGGGCAAAAUUGCUGGAAAACCACCUUUCUUAAGAUUUCUUUUUAUAUUUUCAACCCACAUUUUUAUUUAUGAUGUAGAAAAAUGCAACAUGCCCCUUAACAUCGAAAAACAAAUCUACAUGUUCUAAACCAUUUUUACGUUCCCAUCUUUUAAGCUCAGGAUCUAAAUAGGCCUCAAACUGAGUAGUUUCACUCAUUCUUAUACACUUCAGCACAGCACUGGUCUUUGUUCGUUAUUGAAAAUCUAUAAACCGCACCAGUCCAAGUACUGUCAACAUUAUGGUGACUUCAAAACUAACAACCUGAAGGUUUGAUGUCUUUGUGUUUAAGGAGAAUAUGAAAAACAAGUCACAUUUCAAUUAAACACGUUUUAAGAGGUAAUUUGUAAUCCCACUGGAAUGCAUUGCAAUCCCCUGCUGGGGCUUAAAAAUUUGAAGCACUGGGACUUCUUUAGUUUUGGAAAUUUGUACUAAUUUUAGCAUGUUGGAAUGCAACUUUGUCUGAGAAAUAUAGAUCAUAUAAUAAGGUAUGUGCCAAAAUGUCUGAAAAUAUUUUUCUUUUAGUAAUUUUAAGUGAAUUUGUAGCAGUGAGAGGUUCCCUUUGUUUUUCCAUGGUAAAACAAAAUAAAUACAUUAUUCUAUAAAAUGUUAUGGUUUGUUUUUAUGCUUGUAUAAAAUACUAUGUAUAUGAACAAAACAAAGGGCUGCCAACUGUACCACUCUUGACCGUCCUGAUAACAGGGUGCAGUUCUGCUGUCUCACACCAGUGAACUGUCCCUGGGCAGAUGCACUACCCAGCAAAAACUAGGACUAUACAGAGAGUGCUUCAGUAGUGCAUGUAUGUUGGAAACGGGGCGAGAGGCUUGACACCAGGCUGACAUGCCCCCUUAGUGGUUGAGCAUGCCAACUUACUGGCCUUCCCCACCCACUAUGGUUGUUGCCUGGACGCAAGUUGCAUCACUGUCGAGCAGAUCUCUCAACAUUCUGAUUUUGGUGAGACAGUCACAAUUUAUGGGUGCUUUCCUCCAUUAUGACUUUGUUCCAUGUUGUCCUACUUUUGGAAACACCAGGGAAUGGCCCCCAACAAGCAUAGUUUGAAUUCAUCAUUAGGUGUAGUUGUGCUGAGCUCAAGGCAUUAGGACCCUGCAUAGAGCACUGACACAGUGCUCUCUGCAUGAUCUACCUUGUUGGGCCCACCGACUUGUCAGGUAGCCUGGCAUGCAUUCAUGCCAAACUUACCUGCCAAUUCCUUUUGUGGGCAGAGCCAGUGGCAUGAAUAACAUCACUGGUCCAUCCACUUUACCCCUUCUAACGGAGUUCCACUUCACAGAAUGCUGAAUUUGGAAGGUAUGUUGGAAACACCCCUUUGAACAUCCACCCACCUGUGGAAAUUCCAUACCUCCCAAUGUUAGGAGGUCUGAAAACAUGCUUAACAUACAGGAACAAUAGGCGAAGAGGGCUCUAUACUUUGCAUGUUAUGGCAUGGUAUGUAGUCAAAUUGUUAAUGGUGAAUGUUUUAUUUCUUUCAGGCGAAAGCCACAGGACAGGAGCUUUUCAACAAAAUAUGUGAAGCCCUUGAUAUCAAGGAAGCUCAUUUUUUUGGGCUUAGCAUUGUUAAGAGUGAGUACAAAAAAUUAUAAACCAACUGAUUUAAUUGUACAACAACAUUGUGUGCUUUUUAAUAAUAAUAAUCAGAAAAAAACACUCUAUAAAAUAUUGCAAUUCUGUUGGCUAAAGCAAUUCUGAAACGUAUAUGUGUAAAAUACCUUCCACAUACUGGUAUUUAUUCUAUGAUGUUGUGUGUGGGCCAUCAUAGUAUCCUGACAUAUAUGAAAGACCAGAUCUACAUUCUAGGUUCUAAAAGACUGCAAAAUUACAGGGCUCAUAUCUUAUGAAAGGCAAAUAAGUAAAAUCAUGAAUGACCAGUUUGGUUGAUGCAGGAAAUGGGAAAAAAUGGUUGGAGAUUUGUAUCCUACAAUAUUGUUUACUUGCUAAUUAAUGCUCUUUUCCAGUGCUUUGGAAUGUGUUAGGGCUUUUAUAUCAGGGAUAGGCAAAAUAUGGGAUUCCCAAAGAUGUUGAUUCCCAUAAAGUUUUUACAGCGAUAAUGCUGGCAAAUAUCAGAGGGAUUAUUAAUGGAACUUUAGUUUUAUUUAAAUAAGGACACAUGAGAAAUGUCAUGUUUCCCUUUUAUUCUAGAAGUUAGGUCCUUAAGGGGUUAAAGGGGAACCACCACUGUUUUAGAAAUAAUGCCACUUAAAAUCACAUAACUUGUGUUUAACCUUUUUUAUGUGAUGCUCCAUUUUCCUCUGCAUGUAUAUUACAGGUUUACUAACUGCAUCACAAUCAACAUUGGUGGAGGAGAAACUAAAAUAUGUGUUUUCUCCUUCUCCACAUACUUUGUUCAAUCAGAGAAAAGGACAGAGUUUAUAACUAUGAUUGACAGGGAAUCAAGAUGGAGGUGCUCAUUUUCUGACUAGAACAGUGUGUUUACAUAAACUUUAUUUUUCAGUCCUUAAAACACAUGUCUGGCAAUGUCUCUUUUCAGCUUUUUAUAAAGAUAGUUUUUCAUAUUAAUGUAGUCACAUUCCAUGAGAAUCCACUGGUUGUUGAAUGUUACUUCCCCUCCCCCCAACUAGAAAAUUAGAACCAGUCCCAGAAAGCCUUGAGGCACCCCUCAUUCCUGCUUUAUCCACAAGAAAGCCUCCGUUAUGGUUCUGUUUCUUUUGGAGAUGGUUGAACUUCUUUGAAUCUAGAAUCUUCACUUUAACUUCAAUCAAGUUAUCCUGUCAAAGGAUUUUAUACCCAAUUAGGUGCUUUAUCAGGGUUUAGAAAGGAUAGGCUAGUGACAGAUCCAUGUGCAAUUCCCUUCCAUGUUUCACACCCAUUUAAGGGUUAUUAUACUGGGUUUCCUGUCUUCUGUCAUUGUGUACUACUAGGUGGGUUCACCUGCAUGGAUGGGCCAGGUGAGGAGAAUAUCCUGUUGCAUGAUGCUCAUUAAGCAGCAAUAUUAGUGCAUAUUUAGAGGCUUUGGUUUCUUGUUGAAUUGGCCCUGUCUGCUGCUGUGUUCUCCAUAUGUUACUUAGUUUGUGUGUUUUUAUCAUCCUGGUAUCUUAGUUCUUUAAUUGAAAUGCACCUUUUAGAAGGUCUGUUUUCUGCUUCUGUAAUUUUGUCCGAAUUUCGUCCAUUCAUCCAUAAGGUGACAAAUCGAAAUUACAAUGAAUGAAGACUUAAUUGAAGAUAUGCUUGCUUGUUGGAUGACCUUUCAAUGUGCUAUUCAUUCUUCGUUCGUUCAUUUUGUUAAUUACAAGGUUAAAUCCUCCCACAGUGCCCAAGUCUAGUAUGGUCCUUGCAUACAUUUGAAAUACUUGGAUUGUAUUAAGAAAACCUUGUUAUCAGAGUUCAUGAACCUACCACUGGUUUUUUUGUUUUGUUUUGUUUUGUUUUGCAUACAGAAUAAAGUUCCAUGCUCUUGUGCAAUUUAAAGUGAAAACACUCAAUUUUGUCUUUCUGCUAAAGGAACAUAUUUGCAUAAACACACAGAUGAUGUUAAAAUGGUUCAGCAUAUAUCUAGUGCAAAAAUAACAAAAUUUGUGUCUUACUGGAUGACAAUCCGUUCUUUAGUUAUUGUUUUAAAAGCUAAAGCUGUUAUUUGGGAGUUCUAUUAUACAAGUUGGACAAUACUCAGUGCUAUAAUUGAAAUCCAAAAUAAAGGAGUUCUAGUUAUUUUGGAUGUCUGGAGGAAGAUUUCAGUCCUUUUGCUUUAAAGAAACACUAUAAUGUGAGGUGUAUAUAUGUGUGUGUUCCUAAUGCCGUUGUGUCCUAGUCACCUAUCCUAGUCUGUUCUCUGUGGUUUGGGUGCAUGUAGUGUCCCUUUUAACUUUUUCAUUCACAUCCACACGCCAUGAAAGUCAAAGGCUUGUAUGUGAAAGGUGUGUUCAAGAUUUAGAAGCAGCAGUGUUUUUGUUUUUUUUUGUAUAGUUUUGUACUACUAUUCCACAUUUCUUUUCAAAUAUUUUUUAUUAAAGGUUUUAUAUUUUUACAUCAAUAUAUGCAAUACGUUUAUAUUGAAUACAUAUAAGACAAAUUGUAUACGGAGAUACAUACAUCAAAUGUACAAAAAGAGUAUAAACAAAACAAAAAAUAUAGUUUAUAUUAUUGCACACUUCUUUUGACUGACCGGUGCAUUAAAGCACCUUGGGAAAACACCCAUACUUAAAGUAAACAAAUAUUCAUAUAGCAGAGGAAAGAUUUUGUGAACAAGCAUCAAAUAAUUACAAAUGCUAAUAUUUAGGCUUCAAGAGACGUCAUUUUAUUAGAGAAAAAUCCACCAUGUACUCUAUGAAAAAAGUCCGGUCCAGGCACUCAGGAUAUUGCACAAAGCAUAUUUAUUCCUGCUUUGUGCAAUCUCCUGAGUGCCUGGGCCUGACUUUCUUCAUAGCUUGAGCACCUGGAUUGUAUGUGAGUGUGAGAUCAUUUUGUAUAUACACCAUGUACUAUAGACAUAAAUGUUUUAAAAAAGCAACUCAAGUGCGAAUACAGAAUUUUGCAGAAUUAAAUAUUCAGUUGAUAGGACGUGUUAAUAUUUUAUAAUACCGCUUACAUUUUGAUUUUACUAUAUGGUUAAUUCCAUUGACAAUGUUCCUUUAAUAAUGCAGAUUGAAAACAUUGUCUUGUUUAUCUUAAGACAUGUCUGCACUCCACUCCUACCAUUAAAAAUGAGCAACCCAUGGCAGGAUUAUAAGCAUUCCUAUGCCUUACAAACUUGAAAAUCCUCUUUUGUAAUGUGUGUGUGUGUGUGUGUACAUAUUGAAUUAGUGUCUUCUCACAUGAUAUAGUUGGAGGAAAAAGCAGGGCUGCUAAAGACUUUGCAAUACAUUAGGAUCUUUGACUUCACCCUUAGGCCAAUUAACAUUUAAAAAAAAGAAAAUGUGAGGUCUGGUAAAGAUGGUAUUUGAUAUUGUUCCUUCCCUUGUCCUUGCAGGCAUACAUAAAACAAUAUGCUCCAGCAGAGCCUGAUCAGAUCUGAUUUUAAAUGCUUUGUUGGUUCCCAGGUUUUUAACUUGAGAAAAAAAGAAUGUGGCCAGACCAUCUGACAGAGAUUUUGUUGGCUUCAUCACUAAUCCAAAUCACCUACGUGAGGGAAUGAAAAGGGGUCUCUUUGUUUUUGCAGAUGCAAGCUUACACUGCAUGCUUACAUUCCAACUAUAUUAAUUUCAUUAAAGCUGGAAUGUACUGCAGCAUUUCUUCACAAAAGGGAGGACUUGGGGAGGAUAUAGUGGUAUUUCUGCUUUACAAACAUUCAUAUCUUUCUUUUUUUUUGGGGGUGAUGAGGCGGGGGAGGAUUAUUUUUCUAGUUCCAAAUAUUAAAUGUACAAAUCAAAGAUUUUUUUUUUUUUUUAAAGUUUGUAGAAUGAAGGAAGGAGAUUAUUUCAGUUAUGUUACCUGUUUCUGUCAAAUUCUAUCGCGAAUCAAACGUUUUGUAAUGUUUAUUAAUAAAUGCUUUUUGAUCUUUAUGACAAAACUUUUCUGUGUUUGCAACAAGCUUGUUUCUCAGUAGGCAAGUUUAUACUUUUAUUUCUAACCAGUCUGUGAGCAGAUGCCUACUGUUCAAGCAAAUGGUGAAUGUUAAAGAAAUACCCCUUUGUGGUACUAUACAAAUGUUAUGAUAUAUUGAAUCUAAUGGUCAGGAGCUUAACACUGAAUAUUAAUGAAAGGUAAAAUACAAUGUAAACCAAAUGUAAUUAGAUAAUUGGAAACACAUCAGUAAUAAAGUGAUUCUGCUGGUAAGGAGGAGGAAAAAAAAACUUAUAUUCAUAAAAAACAGUAUUUGAUGUCCUGUACAUGGUUUUUAUUUGCAUUGUUAGGUCACAUGUAUGUAUUUCAGUGUACCGUGCUUUUUAAUUCUAGCAUAUAUACCAUUGGGAUUAAUUUUUGAGAAUCUUGAUGUUCAUAUAUAAAUAGUUUGUUCUAGUGCACAAACUGUGUAUCACCAGGACAAGGAGUCCUCAUGUCAUUCAAAGAAUAACCAGUAUAGACAAGUCUGAAAACUCCUUGGUUUCUUUGACAUCAAACUGGAAGUUGCCUCCUUGUAUAAAAUAUACCCUAUGUAGGAAUUUGAAGUUGGAUUUCACUAGCACUUAAAGUAUCCUGUGGGUAAAGGGUUUUUGUAUUGGCUCAGAAGAUGUGUACCUAUCCUUUUAUGAACAAGUAAAUUACCAUAACCUAUUUAAAUAUUUAGAUUGCGCCCAUAGUGUUGCUACACAUUGCCUUUUUUUUAGGCUAUGUUUCCCUUAUUCCUAUUAUUCUGGUACAGGGGUAGGCAACUUUCAACACUCUAGAUGUUGUGACUACAUCCCACCCCCCACUUCUUCCCCCAGCAUUAUAGCUUUGUCAGCAUUAUAGCUGUAAGAGGAUUAUGGGAGAUCUAGUCCAAAACUUCUGGAGUGCCGGUGACUGCAUACUCCUGCUCUAGGAUUGCCAGGAUAGCAGACAUGCCUCCACUCACAGCAUGUCAAAUUAGGGCAAUGAGGGAGGUAUAAAAUCUCCCUUGUACUAAUGUGGGAGUCAUAUUAACCUCAUAGGCUGCUUAUUACUUUAACUAUUUAAGGUGGCAGCUGGCUGGCAAGCCCCUUGUGCCACAUAGCUGUCCAUUAUAGCCUAGCUGACACAUUACUGAACAUCAGAGGCUCCAAACAAAGCUUUCUGGAAAAAAAGUGUGUUUGGAAGAACUGAAAAAUCUCACCAUACACAAAUUUACUGCAUUAUGAUCUAUAUAUUGUGCUGAUUAUACCCCCAAUCAUUUUUGUGAUAUAAUUUUAAUACAAACUUACAUGUGUCCUCGAGACCAAUAUAUUCCUUAGAUAUGCACAAGGAAUAUUCUGCUCCAAGGUAGAAUUGCACUAUGUUUUAUAAGCCUCUGUCAGGUACAUUUCUCUCUCAGAGGAUGUGGGGUGUGGUUUGCCUUUAAUCUUCACAAUAAAUUAUAUAGUUAAAAAUAGAAGCCCUUUUACCCAUGAAGCAUGUUUCAUGUCAUCUUAUACCAGAGUGCUGGGGAAUUUAUUUUCACUGAAUGCUGCCAAUCUGCAUGCCAAAAAUGGAUGAAGACUCUUCUGUGCCAGUCUGGGGUCACUGACUGUGUUCAGGUGGCCGUGGUUGUAUUCUUCUAGGAAAUAUCCACUGGCUUUAAAUUCUACAGUAAACGGACUGAUGGGUUUGCUAUCCAAAGACAAAGUACAUGAACAAAUUAGUAGACCAUGUUCUCUGGUACCCUAAAUAUGUGGGCUUUUUGCCAUAAAAAUCCACAAUUCUUUGUGAUCAAAAUCCCAUAUCACAUACAAUAUUCAAUGUGUGACACAGUAUGUAAUAAGUAGUGAUGUCCCGAACGGUUCGCCACGAAUGGUUCGCCACGGACUCAUCAUUGAGUAAACUUUGACCCUGUGCCUCACAGUCAGCAGACACAUUCCAGCCAAUAAGCAGCAGACCCUCCCUCCCAGACCUUCCCACCUCCUGGACAGCAUCCAUUUUACAUUCAUUGUGAAGCUGCAUUCUUAGUGAGCUGUCCAGGAGGUAGGGGGAUCUGGGAUGGAGGGGCUGCUGCUGAUUGGCUGAAAUGUGUCUGCUGACUGUGAGGUACAGGGUCAAAGUUUACUCAAUGAUGAGUCCGCAGCGAACCGUUCGUGGCGAACCGUUCGGGACAUCACUAGUAAUAAGUCUUCAUGGUAUACUGUAAAAUUUCCGGUAAAUGUAAAACUAACAGGGUUAUUCUGUAAGCCAAUGUGUUUCUGCAAAUUAAAUCUAAAUUUUCAAAACGAAGGCAAAAAUACUUAAGAUAAUGUUCGAGUUUGAGAAUCCAGAUCAUCUAUUUGUGCCUCAAUUUUUCCAAUUUGAUUGAAUCAUAUUUUCUAUCUGGUUUAGCGGUUUAAUGCUGUAAGUGUUGAUCCUGUAUUUAAGUAUUUAGAUGGCUAAUGGCACUUGUUGCAGGACAAUAAAAAAUAUAAUUUAACAUGAGGAUUCUGCAUCUCCAUUUACUGUGCCAGGAAUAAGCAACCUUGGCGUAGACCUCCUGCAGCAUCAGCAUCAAUUCUAAGUGAUCAUAUUUGACUUCAUUAUUCCGCUUUUCAUUAUUUCCGCUUUCAUUCUAGUUUUGUAGUCUGAAUAAUGCUCUGUAGUGUGUGUGUGUGUGUGUCUCUUUAAUAUUUUGGGUGAUUGGAAUUUGGUUGGUAAACUUUAUAAUGGUAUACAACAAAUGUUUACUCUACCCUCCCCCUCUCUCUAUCCUUUGCUCCUCUUGGCUGCAAAUACAUUCAUAUAACUGUUCCAUCUCCAUCUCUAUUCUCCAGGCUUCACUUCACACUACCAGAAACCACAAUACUGAAGCUCUCCUUUUUUUUCUUUUUCUCAGCACUACCCAGCCAACCACUCUCCCCUCCUCCCACCCAUCCAGGUUCCUACUAAAUAUAUAGGAUAUUCCUCCAGCUGUUUGAGAGUCUCACUCAAUUACCUCCUCAUUCCCUUUAUAGUUUACCAAUAGCUGCAACUCUCUGUUAACUUCUUUUAGCCAUCAUUUCUAAUCCCCCCCUCCCCCUGCUAUCUCUUGUCUCAAAUCCCCUUUAGAUUGUAAACUCAAGGGCUAUCUAGCUAAGCACUUUGUAUAAAAAUGGCUAGAUCUAAGCUUAUGGGCAGGGCCCUCUCUACCAUUUGUAUUUGUCUGUGUAUAUUGUAUGUUCUCCUCUAAUAGUACAGCGCUAAGGAAUUUGUUGGCACUUUAUAAAUACCAAUAAUAAAUGUAUGUAUACAAAUAUAGUCACAACUGUACAUGGUACACCCCAUUCUAAGAAAGAGAAUAAUGUAGAACUAGUUGUGUGAUGGAAAGAGUUAAAUAUAUUGUUUGAACUAUAUACCAGUUUCCAAUCAUGGCAUGUUCUCAUCGUCGUCUGUGCAGUCUGUAAUCGGAAUCAAACAUAUUUAAGAAAAAUUGCUGUAUUAGAUAAUGACAGCAAAACUAAAUGAAACUCAAGAUUCACAAUUGCAAAUAAUAUAAGUAUACUAAUAAAAUGUUUCAUUGUACAUGUGUUUUUCAAGAUGGUUUGUUUCAUUAUAGACAGAUCUUUCAUACUGUGUAAUGCACCAUCUGGUGCACAGUUCUACCCCAUGUAGUAAGUGUACAAAGUCUAUAAAUAAUUUUUCCAACACACCAAAAAAAAAAUUAUGGGUUUGAGCUAAAAUUUUGUAUUGUGAACCACUUUCACAGUAUGGCUUUUUCCAUGUAUUGCAAAUAAUAGAUGUUGGCAAUUCUUCGAGCUGGUACUCCGGAAAGCAUUGACAUUAGCAGUGACAUUAGCCACUCUGCUUGAUGGGGGAGGGAAAAAACAGAAAACAAGAGAAACUGUCCAGUGCCUCAAUUUAUAGCUUUAUAAAUACUAAGCACGUAGUGUUUUGCCAUGCAUAUCCAUAAACAUCUAUUUUUAUUUUUUAAUUCUAUUUUUUUUUUGGGGGGGGGGGUUGUGUCUGAAAAGCCCAGAGCCAAAGCUGUUAGAUUAACUAUUACAUCAUUAACUUUUUUUUUACCCUGGCUUGGUCAUUUUGGGGAUAAGCGCACUCUCUCUGUACUGCAAGGCUUCUGUUAAACGGUGGAGUGAACAGUGUCUUCAUAUCCUAAUGCACACAUUUCUUAACUUUAGGUUCUUGAGGAUAGUGAGAUUUAGUGAUUUGAAACAAAGGAAAAGGUGCACACGAUACCAAACACAUUAAAAUGCCAGAUGACUGCUAGCAUGUUCUAGUCUUUUAAUGCUGAUAUUUCCUCUUACAGAUAAUGAAUAUAUAUUUAUGGACCUAGAACAGAAGCUCAACAAAUAUUUUCCAAAGGAAUGGAAAAAAGAAACCAGCAAAGUAAGUCGGCGAAGAAAGAUGAACAAUCACAUUCUCUGUUGCAAAGGAUUUCCGUAAAAGUGUUACUCCUAGCAUCAUAACCUCUAUUGUCUGUUGCUCUGAUGUGAGGAGUACUAUGGCCCUAUUUCUCAGUAAUGUCCUCCUAUCUUGUCCUACCAGUUGCCUGGCCUCCAUUAAGUCUGGUUGUGAUGUGCAUCUGGAAAAAUCUUUUGCAGAGAAUGGACAUUAGCCAGCCUGGGAAUAUAGUUCGGGGCUACCUAAUGACGCCUCAGUGAUGUUGCCAGAGGUGGAGUUACAGCACCGGCAACAGAGUGGAUAAUAUCCGUACGGCGCAGCUUUUCACAGCGAAAUGCUGCAUAUACUUAUUCCAGCCACCAUGACCAAAACACUGAAGUUGUCAUGGUGCUUAGAAUAACCCUUUAAGAAAUGAUGGAGUUUAUCUCUCAAAUAGUUGUAUCUUGAAAAUUGGAUAUAAACUGCUUGUGGGCGUAUGUUAGAUGCCCAUUGGGAAUUCUGACAGUGUUGAUGGGCCAAUUCUGGCAACAUCGGAGACAAAAACGUGUCUAUUUGAUCUUGCUGUUAUGCCUCACCAUGUGAAAACAGGAAAUGGGAUCUAUGAGACGCUAUAUAUUUUUUUCUACUGCUUAUAUGUUUGAUAUUCUUCUUCCACCUGUUAAUGGUAGACUGAGUUUUAAAAGUAUGCAAAAUUGUAUGAGUUGCUGAACCCUCAUGACAAGAUCUAUCGAGUUAAUCAUCUCAAGUGGCCUUUGUGCCUAAUUCUUUAUUGCACCAGUUUAAUUUAACCACUUGCUCCCUAUCUAAGCUUUAUGAUUCUUACUAGCCUACUUCAUCAACAAGCUGUAACUAAUCGACUGCAGUUGGCUGAUAUGGCUUUUCUGGUAAUUUUCUUAAUAUAGAUUUCUGUAUGUUGCUUAUUUAUAUAUGCUCAAGGAAAAAAAUUAAAAGGCAUUCACAUUUAUUAUAAAAUAUUCACAAUGAAAAUCAAUAUAGUUACUAUACAUUGUAUAAAAAAAAAAACAGUAAGAGAAUGUGCUCAUGUCAGAAGUUACUGUAAAGCCAUUUGAAAAGUUAUUGUAUCUCAAAAAUAUGUAUAAUUGAGCUAAUAAUCUAAACUGGAACUGUCCCUUUUAAUUGUGAUACACCCCGAGAAACGGUUCUUCAGUGUUUACUGGGGUGAAUGACAUUAGCGGAGGUAAGUUAAAAUGUACUUCCCACCACUCGCUACCUUGUUACACCACCCCAGAAUGCCUUGGAAGCCUAGUAAAGAAAUGCCAUAUACACACUUUGCAUUUUCUCCAACAGUGUACAUGUGCUGUGCAUACAGCACUGCAACAAGGUAUAACUAAUUUAACGGCAGAGUAUGCAAAAUAACACUUAAAACAAAUUCACUUGCACACAUUGAAUCUUGCACAAAGUGAAUCUGUCAACAGGUUAUGUGCCAAACUAUUUCUGGCAUGGGAAGACUGGUUGGACAAGAUUCUUAACCCUUUAUUGGUGACAUUUUCAGCAAUUUUAUGAAAUCUUAAAAAUAACAUACACUUUGCAGUUAUUUCAACAGGCAGAUCAUGUUUUAAAAUCCAGUGCUGUGUGUUUAGUGACCUCCUUGCAAAUAUUACACAUAAUAAAUGUGAUAGGGCACCCAGGCUAAACAGAGGGCAUUUGCGCAUUAAGUUCAGACAUGUUCAGGCGAUAUGUGCCUUGGUCUUCUCAAGAUUAGCAGGAGUUACACUCGUGGGCAGCACCUACUAACUGAAAUAGUCACUGCUUGGGAUUGUAACUCACUGAUCUCAGUAAAAUCUUAAUCCAUAACCUGUCCUAAUGUAAAAAUAAUAUGAUACCCUACUUAUUAAAUAACACAGAACCCCUUAAUGACAUCAUUUUUACAGUGUACGGUAGGUGUUGUGUAGUUAAGAUAAUGAUAAUAUAUAUAUAUGUAUGUAUGUAUGUAUGUAAUAAUCGCUAUGUGCUGCCUGAAAUUGGUGGGUAUAUACCGGUAUUCUCAGGUGGUAGCUAUUUAAAUUUCCUUCAUUAAAAUGAUGGUUAGUGCCGCUUAGGAGUGUAAUUAACUCAGACCAGAAAACGUAUAGCUAGAACUUAGGGCCUCUGGACAGCUUGGAUAUUUGAGAUAUAUGAGGCAUUGGUAGUGAACCAUCUAAUAUUGGAAAGUAAAUAUUAGGGCUCGCAUACUGCUCUGAGGAGAUAUAUGCAUUAUUACCUAUUCACUACAUGGAAUGAAUGUCACCAUCUGUGUGGUACAGAUUCUAAAACCUAGUCUGCAAAUGUAACGAGAGAGAGUGUGUACAAUCCCUGCAACAUGUCAUUAUUAUUUCUGUAUUUAUUUUUUUCCUCCUUAAAAAGGAAAAAAAAAACUGAAAUAAAGAAAACUGCCCAUGGCUAGAAGCAAUUGUAAUGAUAUAAUUGCUUAGCUAGCAGAUUAGGAAGGAUAUUUUCAGCUGAAGGUGCAAUAUCAUGACACAAUAGGUUUUAAGAUUUACAAUGCACCUUUUAUCGUGUUCUGCAUCAUGCACAUCUAAUAACUAAAACCAACUAUUCCCUCUAGAAAAUCCAUUGAGUAGAAAAAUAUGCAUGGCAAAAUCUGUAGCUGAUAUGGAUGCAAUAGAACUGUGAAAUAUAAGAAUGUAUAACUUUUAUAUUCUGAUUCUCUUUAUUAUUAUUAUUUUUUUUUGUCUAUAGGUUACUGAGAAGUUCAGCCCUCCUUGUGUUGCCUUUUUCAGAGUGCAAUACUAUGUAGAGAAUGGAAGAAUAAUAAGGUAAAAAAAAUAAUUCAUGCGAAGAGCAGCAGCUAAAUAGUUCGUACUGUGUUUGUUUGUUUAGUAAGCUUAGGUUUGUUUGACUUUAAUCAUACAAGAAUACACCCACAAAUGUCAAAAUUGUGCUUUAGUUUUCCUGCUCUAUUGGACUAUAGCCUAGGGCAGUUAUCACAGUCUCACUAACUUCCAGGAAUGUAUCAAUUGGAUUUCUAAAUCAAAUACAAAGGGGGGAGAGAGGGCAGGAAAUAAUAUUGGUGCUUGUAUUCUUGCAUAUGACCGUACCAAUGGUUUAAUCGAAUCUAUACAGAAUGAAUGGGACAUUUUUAAUGGUUUAAAGUAUAAAAUGUGUAUUUCACAGUAUGUUUCUCUAAGAACUGUAAGCACAAAUAAGCAUGGACUUGGUAAAUAACCAUGUAAAUCAGUUGGAUACUUUAAAAUAAAGUGCUUGUUAAAACUUAUACAAAUACACAGAAUUUUGGCAGCAUAACCACUUUAUCAAGCUGAACAAACAAAACAAAUGUAUUUCAUAAAAACAGCUCUUUCAAAUAUAAAUUAAUUAUUAAUGACCUUAUAUUUAAAAAAAACAAAGUUUUCCAAUUCAAUCCCAGAUUAGUAUUGUCAUGUGUUUUAGCAUUAAAGCUGUAACCCUAAUUGAAUUACUAAAGAUAAAUGCAUCAGUGUAGGAACUAAUGUUCAAACAUCACAUGAAUGUAAUUUCUUGGCACUUUGGUUUGCUUCCAAUAAAUUCUGAAUAAUGUUACAAAGCAGGUUUAAACAUAUAUUCUUUGCAGUCUGUAUAUUAGGAUAACAUUGUGGGGCAAAGUUCGAAAAUGUCAUAUUUAUAAUGCAAAAAAAAUGCAAUUAGCCUGCUGUUCGUACCUAAUCCUUGAGUGGAAGUAAUUACAUGACUGCCUCGUUAGUGAGGAGUUUAGCAAACGCUGGUCUCACACAUAUAUACACUGCUCAAAAAAAUAAAGGGAACAAUUAACACAACACAAUGUAACUCCAAGUCAAUCGCACUUCUGUGAAAUUAAACUGUCCACUUAGGAAGCAACACUGAGUGACAAUCAAUUUCACAUGCUGUUGUGCAAAUGGGAUAGACAACAGGUGGAAAUUAUAGGCAAUUAGCAAGACACCCCCAAUAAAGGAGUGGUUCUGCAGGUAGUGACCACAGACCACUUCUCCGUUCCUAUGCUUCCUGGCUGAUGUUUUGGUCACUUUUGAAUGCUGGCGAUGCUUUCACUCUAGUGGUAGCAUGAGACGGAGUCUACAACCCACACAAGUGGCUUAGGUAGUGCAGCUCAUCCAGGAUGGCACAUCAAUGCGAGCUGUGGCAAGAAGGUUUACUAUGUCUGUCAGCGUAGUGUCCAGAGUAUGGAGGCGCUACCAGGAGACAGGCCAGUACAUCAGGAGACGUGGAGGAGGCCGUAGGAGGGCAACAACCCAGCAGCAGGACUGCUACCUGCGCCUUUGUGCAAGGAGGAACAGGAGGAGCACUGCCAGAGCCCUGCAAAAUGAGCUCCAGCAGGCCACAAAUGUGCAUGUGUCUGCUCAAACGGUCAUAAACAGACUCUAUGAGGGUGGUAUGAGGGCCCGACGUCCCUAGGUGGGGGUUGUGCUUACAGCCCAACAUCGUGCAGGACGUUUGGCAUUUGCCAGAGAACACCAAGAUUGACAAAUUCGCCACUGGCGCCCUGUGCUCUUCACAGAUGAAAGCAGGUUCACACUAAGCACAUGUGACAGACGUGACAGAGUCUGGAGAUGCCGCGGAGAACGUUCUGCUCUCUGCAACAUCCUCCAGCAUGACCGGUUUGGCAGUGGGUCAGUAAUGGUGUGGGGUGACAUUUGUUUGCGGGGCCGAACAGCCCUCCAUGUGCUCGCCAGAGGUAGCCUGACUGCCAUUAGGUACCAAGAUGAGAUCCUCAGAUCCCUUGUGAGACCAUAUGCUGGUGCGGUUGGCCCUGGGUUCCUCCUAAUGCAAGACAAUGCUAGACCUCAUGUGGCUGGAGUGUGUCAGCAGUUCCUGCAAGACGAAGGCUUUGAUGCUAUGGACUGGCCCGCCCGUUCCCCAGACCUGAAUCCAAUUGAGCACAUCUGGGACAUCAUGUCUCGCUCCAUCCACCAACGUCAUGUUGCAUCACAGACUGUUCAGGAGUUGGCAGAUGCUUUAGUCCACGUCUGGGAGGAGAUCCCUCAGGAGACCAUCCGCCACCUCAUCAGGAGCAUGCACAGAUGUUGUAGGGAGGUCAUACAGGCACGUGGAGGCCACACGCACUUCUGAGCCUCAUUUUGACUUGUUUUAAGGACAUUACAUCAAAGUUGGAUCAGCCUGUAGUGUCUCAAGAAAAUAACUUUUUCCACUUUAAUUUUGAGUGUGACUCCAAAUCCAGACCUCCAUGGCUUGAAGAAUUUGAUUUCCAUUUUUUCAUUUUUGUGUGAUUUUGUUGUCCGCACAUUCAGCUAUGUAAAGAACAAAGUAUUUCAGAAGAAUAUUUAAUUCAUUCAGAUCUAGAAUGUGUUAUUUUAGUGUUCCCUUUAUUUUUUUUGAGCAUUGUAUAUUUAUUUAUUUGGGCAUACGCUGUCGAUCUCAUGUCAUGAAAUGUAAAAUUGACGGGCAUGGACAAUAAAGACUUAAGCCCAAUGUGGUGGUUAUGAUGCCAGGAUUCCCCUGUUCCAGUUCCUUGAUAAUGGGCCAAACCAUUUAGCAAUCAAUGUGCCCCCUUUCUGGGUCCCCUCAAAAGUUGCCCUUAAUUGUCAUUAGUCAGCCGGAUCCCCAGUGAUCCUGCAGAAGGUGGAGUUAAACCUCUGGUAGUAGAGGGAUUAAACUCCAUAUGAAUAGCAUUUUAAAGCGAUAUACUACACAUACAAACUGCAGUCAUGGUGCUUAGUUACCCUUUAACUUUGUCAGGACUAAGAUUUAUUUUUAAUUUUUUUUAUAUUGUGCAGUGACAAGUGACGACUAUAAUCUCUCCUAUUUAUUUUUUUUAUAUAUAACCAUUAUAUCUAAUAGCAUUAGUAAUUUCCUGCAGAGAAUGAAAUUAGAAGUGCUAAUCACAUUAUUUAAAUGUCUCUUUGCUUGUGUUUUAACUUUUUCAAUAGUUUCAUACCUACAGGGUGGUAUAAUGAAAACCGUAAAACAGGCGUUCUCUUUAUUAACUGACUGAUUAAAGCAAUUUAUAAUUAGGAAAAUUAGCAUGUAAUUAGUUUGGCCCUUAUCAGUAGCAAGUUAUUCCGCAAUAGUACAAGCUGUACUUCUGUAAUAGUUUUUCUGUUUGGAACAUAAAGAAAACCAAAUAACACGGCACUGCUAAAAAUCAGUAUAUAUUUUUUCGUACAUUAUUUCCUAUUCAGCAAUAAGCAAAACAACAACAAAGCAAAAAUAUAUAUGUUUCAUACAGCAUUCAUAUUUAACAAAGAACAAUCUCUUCACAUUACAGCAAAAGUGUUUAUUUUGUAACAUUACUAUACUAAGUCACAAAUGACUACAUACGAUAUUCCUUCUGGUUUUGGCUAAACAGAGGCUACUAUCUUUGUCCAGACAGUUGCCCCAGGCUACCUUCUGAAUAGAUCAAUUUUAGGUAAUUUGCUGUCAUCCCAGGCCAAAUCAAUGUGCAAUGAUUCAGUGAAUCUCUUGAGUUCAGCAUCGGAAACGUGAACUGUACAUUCUAAUUCAUAGUUUGCUGUUUAAUCAUCAUCCUAACACUCAAGCUGUGUUCGCUCUAGUUAUAACUGUACAAUCAUAAUGACAAACUAUAGACCCAAUCGUAUGGGGCUACUAACACUAGCUUGAUUGUGUACUAUUUUUAUUUAAAUAAAAUGUGAGGCAUAUGUGUUUUCUUUUUUUCCCCUCUCCAGUGACAAGAAAGCAAGGCAACUCUAUUAUCACCACCUCAAAGAUCAAGUCCUACGAUCCCACUGCACUCACAAAGAGGAGAUUUAUUUCUUGCUGGCAGCUUAUGCUCUUCAAGCAGAUUGUGGAAAUCUGAAUGUGCACAUGAAAAACUACUUUGAGCCCGAGGCUUACUUCCCACACUGGGUAAGAUCAUAGCUUGCAACAGGAGUUCCCAUUGCAUGUCCUGAGGGCUUUCCAAGAGAAAAUGCUUUCAAGAACCCUCCCUAGUGCAUAGGUUGUUUAAAUAGUGUCAUUCAGAAAUAUUUACCUGAAUGAAGAUCCUGAAGAUGCCAAGUUAGGCUUGGUUUAUUAGCUUGGCAAAGCACUUCCUUUUGAGACAUGGUGGGGAUUACUUUAUUUAUAUUGGGAAAUAGACAUUAGGCACAAUAUUUAAAAGAAAAUGAUAUCCAGUGUGCUGUUUGAAAGAAAAUAAAUCUUAAAUGUAAAAAAUAUUUAUUUUUUUUCUUUAAAGAAAAUAAAAAUCGUUAAGCUGGUUUAUUAAAGGAACACUAUAGUAUAUAGUUAUGAAUAAAACAUGCAUUCAAGACUGAUGAUUCCAGCUAAUACAAUGCUACCCCAUUGGGAUGCUAUUGUGCAUACACCUUUAAACGCCAUCCUGCACUAAUCAGCAACUCCACAUAGAGAUGCAUUGGUUUAGUGCAUUUCUAUGGAGAGCGUUUGGCAUCUCCAAGCAUAGUGUGGAGACACUGAAAAUAGGUACUGCAAAGAUAUAUCACUAGGGAGCAAUGUAAACGGUUUACAUUGGAUAGAAUGUUAAGCUGUGGUGGUUCGGGUGACUAAACUGUCCCUUUUUUUUUUUUUUUUUUUUUUUUAAAGCUAGUUAAAGUUGUAGUAUAGGAAGAAGAGUUUCAGAGGUGGUGUGGUGCUUGUGUGAUGUGUAGUUAGAUUGCCUUAUUUUAGAUGUAUAUAAAUUCAACUAUUACUGGGAUGCUCCAUGCGCUAUGGCCAAGGAGCAUAGGUUGUUAUGGUGCUUGGGGAACCCCCAAAGUUGACUCCAUGCUUGUUGUAACAUGCUUUUUGCUACCUGAAAAGUGAUUGUUAUAAAAUACAGGUACAUUUCCAAAAAAAAACAAAUAUGUAUUUAUGGUAUUACAUAUUCUGACAAAUGUAAAAAGGAAGUUGACACAAUAUCUCAAAUAUUUAUGAUGUUACAUCCAACACACAAAUCCUGUUAUUUUUUGUUAUUGGCUAAAAUGAAAUUACUUUCUUUGUUUUUUUUUUUUUUUUUUAAUAACAACAUCUUAUGCCAAAUACAUGAUUUACUUUUUCCACUUUUUUUGAAAUUAUUUUUCUUUUGCAAAAACACAGUUUCUGUGUAAAUAGUCAGCUAGUCUGUGUCACUAUUUACUCUUGUAUAACGUGUCUUAUGCAUGGUUAUGGAUCAAAGGGCAAAUGCAUUCCAGAGACCAAGGUUCUGCAAAUUCCAGUGCAAGAAUGAUUGUUAAAUUAAGUAUACAAGUUAUUUUUUGUGUGUGUGUGUGCGCGCGCGGACACACGUAUAUUAUGUGGUAUGAGUAAGACUAUUCAAAGAAAUUAUUAUUUUUUUAACCAUAAUACUUUGAAAGUGGUAAUGGCAUGCGUCAUUCUUGAGUAAUUCUUAUAAAGCAAUACGGAGGAGGGGGAUCUAUAUGUAAAGCUUGUGUGUGUGUUGAUGACACAUUAUUAUGGCUUUAAAAGGUCAAGUACGUUUACAAAAAUUGUAUGAUUCACUUUAUUGAAUCUCUUCUAUGUCUAUAGAGUAUAGAGUUUUAUGAAUUUAUAUAUCAAGAAGAUGUCUGUGUGCAUUAUCAAAGUGCGUGUGUUAUCUCCCCUAUAUGAACAAGUCUUCCAGUGUAGAUCUUAAAUAAAAUAACUAACUGUAUCCUACCAAGAUUAGGAUAGAACUGGGAUUUAUCCUUAACCCUUUCUUACUUUAUGACAUUAGCACUUUGGAGGAAUAACUUGUUCUGCACAUUUUUUAGAUCACAUGUAAUUUUGGAAACGGGCACUGUAACCGGUUUUACAUACAGUAAAAUUAUUUAAACAUGACUUUUGUUUUUUAGUAAUGUUAGUUACUAUUAAAAUGCUUUUGUGAUCUCUUAUCAGAUAAUUGCAAAGAGAGGCAGUGACUACAUUCUAAAGCAUGCUCCUGAAAUACACAAAGAACAGGAAGGGAUGUCUGUUAAAGAGGCAGUACUCCAUUUCAUUAGGGAAUCGUGCUUGCUAGAGGAUGUGCCUGUUCAUUGCUACAGAUUGCAAAAGGUAAGCCUUGUGUGUUGUAUUGUUUUGCCUCUUUUUAAUGCAUAAACUAUAUAACGUAUUAAAGACAGGCUAUGAGUCACGUUGCUUUAAAUGUCCUAAAACUGCAUGUGUCUACAGAAGGUAGACUAUUCCUCAGCUAGUGAUGAGGUAUUUGAGUUUUUUCACAUUUCAUGACCCUCUGCACAUAUUUAUGGGCAGGUCAUCAGAAAAUCACUCCACACAGCAGCACGGGCUAAUGUAAUGCCAAGGCUGACAGGGCAGUUCAAAGAAUCUCCCCGGCUAGCUGAAAGAGGCUGCUGUAACACUUCCUGGCCUGGUGGAGAGAUUGACGAUGACACAACAUGCCAUCUCUUUCCUCUCUAGCCCUGCUCCUCUUGUUUUGGGUUCUUCUGACUUUAAAUGCCCAGGGGGGAUAUUUGUACCAACCAGCCCAGUUUAUGGUAUAUGUAGGUUAGCUCCCAGUCACAGUUCUACUUAUCAGUAGCAGCCAUACUGCAGAUGAUAUCAACCUGUUCACAGCCCUGUUCAUAUUUGUGAAUGCUGCUCUGUGAAGUGAACUCCAGAGCCCCCGAACAUGUGAAAAGAUGAGAAGAUUUUCUUGGCACGUGCCCAUCACAUACACAAGCUAAACAUAUCGGAAAUGGUAAUGAAUGAAACAAAGUGACCCUUUUUAAUAAAGUGCAGUACAAAAUUUUUUGUGUUUCAUUUACUAAAGGUGUACUACUACUGAAGUAACUAAAUUGCAUUUGUUAUCAUAUUAAAGGUAAUGAACAUGUAAUAAAGUUGCCAUUGGAGUAGCAAGUUGCAGUAACAUUCUUUAUUAGCAUUUCUCUUAAUUGGAACAUAGUCUCCUGACAAUUGUCUGUUUGUGAUUUAUUCAUACAUUUGUUUAUUCAGCUGCUUUUGUGAAGCUGUAAGGCAAGAAAAUGUUUUAAUACUUUUGUGGGAUUUUCGUAGGUGUGAGAGGCUGUUUUUUAAUAGGUUUCUUAUUUUAGGACCGACAUUGGUGGAUUUCUACUUUUUUUAUUUGGAAUCCUGACCUGCGUUUGUCUGAACCUACCCUGCUUAGUGAAUAGCUAGUUUUAUGACCAGAACUGGUACAAACCUGAUCUUAAUUCCAAGUCUUAGUUCAAUCUCUUUCUAUUUAAAAAAAAAUAAUAAUAAUUUAAGGAGCUUUACACAUACCGUGUGUUAUGCACUAUGGUACUCCUUGGUUUAUUUCCUCAAUGGAGAUUUGCAGUAACACAGUUUAGGCAAAAUUACUAUUAAAUAGAUAUAAAUAUUGAAAUAUAAAAAAGUAACAACAAUUACAACUCUGCACUUCUACCUUUGUUUUUGUUUUUUGCCUAAAAUUUGCAGUUCACUUAAUACGACUGCAUCUCUGAGGAGCGUUCGGUGUCUACUUUCAGCGUGUGGAGAUGCUAAAUGUAGGUGCUCAACACAGUGCAGUACUGAACUAGGAAUCGUUUCUAGUAGGCGUCUAAUUGACUGCACCUAAAGGUGUUACUAGGCAGCAAUGAAAAUACUGCCUUUUCUCUGAAAAUGAAGCAUUUACAUUAAAAAGCCUGCAGGGCAAGCUACAGCCACCAGAGUCAAUAUAUUAAGCUGUAGUGCUUCUAAUGACUAGUGUCCCUUUAAUAAUUUGAUACAUUUUCAUGCUUGCCCUCCGGCUUUUCAAUUCUGUGUGUCACUCUGAAUGAAUGACCUGUAAGUCACUCACCUGUUGAACUUGUGCAUAAUUUGACAUGUCAUCUCAGGUGACUGAUAUCUGUGAUCUUUUGCAUGUAGACAUCUACUAUACAAACUCGUUCAUCUCAUGAGAACUGACAUAUGAUAUGCUUUUCUUCCUAAAGAACACCUUAUUUAUUUAUUUAUAAUUUUUUUGCAAUUCUAGUUUUUUUUUAAAAAAAACCUUUUGCAAAGUACAUCAAAUAUUGGAUUUGUAAAAAAUGCAAAAUUAUCAUUUGACAAUUUUAUCAGAUUGUGAAAUAGCAUAAGAUUAAAUGGAAAUUUUUUUUAUUUAUUUUUGAUCUACUGUAAAAUGUCUGCAAGCUGACUUUAUAGCCAUAUUUAAAUCACAAGUGUAGAAUUGCUUCCACUCUCAAGAGCAAAUCUACCUAACUCACAAGGUUCCAGCAGAUAUCAGAUAUGCAAUACUUUAUUUGUUGUGUGCAAGCCUUUUAAAAGAAAUAUAAAAUACAAAUAAAGCAAGGGAUGGGGGAAUGGGAGUAGGUGGGAAGGGAUGCGACAGAGGGGGCACUAUAGGGAGCUAUAGUUCUAGGAAAGCAGCUUUGUUUUCAUGGCACUUUAGUUUCCCUUUAAGUAAUAUUUUUGAUGCUUGACUGUACAUAGGGUUAAGAAAGAACAUGUUUAACUUCACUCUAAAUCAAUAUUUGCUCAAAUAAAUAUCCUUUCAGCCAACUAGAGUAGAUCAUGUUUCUACAUAUACAUCUUUUAAGAGAUAUAAAAUCACACACCUAUAACUCCGCUUGAAAUGCAAUCUGUAUUUUUUUUUUAUUUUUUUUUUUAUUGCAAUUUCUUGCAAUUAGUGGAGCAGGUAGUUUUGAGAAAGUUGUGAGAACUGGCCAAUUGAAACCAAUCUUUACUAAAGUCAUGUGAACAACAGAUACAGGAUUUUCUUUUGUUUAUACGAAGCAGCAAAACGAAACUCUCAUGAAUAAAAUGGCUUAAUGCCACCUUUAAAGAGAAUAAAAUAUCAUUUGAUAAUUAUGCUAGUCACAUAGUAAGAAAACGUAAAGCUUAAAUAGUUAUUAAACUAUGUAUUAAUAUGACCUUUUGGGGCUGUCGACAAUGGGAAGAGGUACAGAGUAUUGGCUUUUAUAGUCAUCGCACCUCUAAGUGACAUGCAGUUGUCACUUAAAUGUGUGUUCCCUUGCACGCUGCUACUUGCAGGAUGCUAUUUGUUUCUUGUGGGAACAACUGUCCAUUUCAGAAUGUUUAUGAUGAUAAAUUUGAGGAGGAAGAUGAAUUUGAGAUACAUAAGUACUUAGUUUAUUAUAUUCAACUGUUGCUGAUUUUGAAAGCACAUUGCAUACAUGAACUGUUAUCUGCCUUUAUGAGAACCUUUAAUCUACACAGUUUGUGCAUGACAUGAUUAUUUUAAUUAUUCUACUACUGGUAUGAGUUGCUGAACCAAUUGUUUCUUUGUUGAAACUGAUAGCAGCUCUUUACCUGUAUUACUAAAUUGUCCAAGUUCUUUCUAGUUCAGUAGGCCUAGAAUACAAUUCCCUAAUGAGUUUAGCAGCAGUCAGGAAGUUUAGUUAUGGCAAUAUGGCAGGUAAGGAUUUGUAUUGCUUUUUAUUUUUAUAUAUAUAUAUGUGUGUGUGUAUGUAUAUAACAUUGUAAUCCCUUAUCCAAAGACAUUAAAUUUAGAUCUAGGUUAGGGCAACUCCCUUUGUUUUAUUUAUUUAUUUAUUUUUAUUUUUUUCUUUAACACUUGUGGGUGACAUGGGUCUGAUGUGUGUCAUAAAAUAGCUCCUCUGCCUGUUUUUCUCAGUCAAAUCCCAGAGCAGGUCUCAGACAUUAUGUUCAUGGCUCCAAAUUUGACCGUGUUAAUAUUACUUGUAACCCUGUUCGCACUCCUGUUAUGUUCCUACCACUACCCUCUUAAGCACCACUCACCACAAUCUGAGAACCAAAUUCUUCUAUGUCAUGGCCUGCUUUGUUGCUGUAAUUUAUCUGAUGAGUGUUGGUGGAGAGUGUUGAAAUCAAGCCCUCCCACCUCCACCCCACAAAAGUAUAAAAUCCUACAAUUGCAAUACUACCAAACUAAGAGUAUGUCCAACUUCCUAUUACUCAUGUUACUUACCCUUGCAAAUAAUGUAGAGUCUAACCCUGGUCCCCCAACAGAUUCCAUUCCUGGCCUUCCAUCUAUAGAAGCCCUCUCUUUUGUGCACUGUAAUAUCAGCAGAUUACUACCAAAAAUCGAUGCACUGCAAGCAUGAUGUUCACAUUACAAGCCCAAAAUCAGUGUGCUUUCUGAAUCAUGGCUAACCACAAAAAUUCCUGGGUAUUCAUGCCAUAGAAAUGACAGAGCAAAAAGAGGCGGUGGUAUUGUCAUUUAUGUUGACAAUUCCAUAAAGUUAACCCUGUUACAAAACUUUAGCCCUCCUGCCACCUUUGAUUUCCUUUCUGACAAAAUUGAGAUCCUGUGCAGUAAAGCAAUAAUUUUUGCAGGAAUCUACCGCCAAUCUAGCUCCCCAGUGUAUUCCCUAUCUGACAUAGCCAAUGUCCUUCGUGAUCCCAUAGCUCAAAACCCAAAAAGGGAUCACUUUUUGAUUUGGCUGAAUCCUAAAAAUAAUAGUUCUUGCUGACUGUUUAAGACUUUGCAGCUAACACAAUUAAUCUCCCUCCUAACUCGCAUAAACAUUAAAAUCCAUAACCAUACCCUGCUCUGUUGGAUUCUCUCCACUUCUCCUUAUAGAAUCCAGGAGGCAGGUGUUCUCCCUAACUGUUUCAGUGACCACUGCUUAGUGUACUGCGUGCGCAAAAUAAAGGCUACUAAAUCCUCUUCCAAGGUUAAAAUCACCAGGUCCUUCAAAAAAAUUAAUCUUGAAUCAUUUCUAAAUGACAUCAAGAACCUCCCAUGGCACAGAUUAAACUUUAUCCCAGAUCUAGGCUGUGCAGUUGAAUUCUUUCAGUCGGAACUUCUACAAGUUUGGAAUUUGCAUGCCCUUCUGCGUAAGGUGAGUAAAUGGGGCACACAUAAAUUGGAUCAUAGCUGACCUUGUCCAAACGUACAAGUUUUGGGAUUCAUUGUGGUCAAAGUUCAAGCGUACUGGCUCUAUGAACGAUCACUGUGCAUAUAGACAAUGGUGAAAUAUAUGCACAAAACUGGCCAAGGCCCAAUAGUUCUGUAAAAAUCUGAACAAGAACCUAUCAAACCCUAGAAACUUUUGGAAAGUCCUAAAUAAAUUACAAAUUUCCCCCAAUCCACUCCCAACCCUCCACUGUCAAAGUGGAUAACCAAACUCUGCAACUUCCCUCAGAUGUAGCAAGUGCCUUGAACAAUUAUUUUGUUGGAUGCUCCAUUACCCUGAUUGCCAAGCUAAUAAAUGACUCACAUCCUGAAACUACAAAUGUGGAUCAGGCCCCACUAAAUUUGCAAAGAUCCAAUGUAGACAAGUUCAGUUUUAGACCUGUACCUAUUAAUGUAAUUAAGAAACAACUUAAUAAUCUAAAAAUUAAAAACCAGUCUGGAUCUGAUCAAAUCCCAGCAAUGCUGUUGAAGCUCAGUGCGCCGGCAACUGCUAAACCGGUCACAACCCGAAUUAAUGAAUCCUUGGUGUCUGGAUACAUACCCAAACUUUGGAAGACUGCGAGAGUAGUGCCUAUCCAUAAAAGUGGUGUCACUACUUUGGUUUCUUUUCUGGGAAGCUUUCACUCUGCCUGAGCAAAAUGCUCUCCCCGGCUGUCCCCACCUCCUAUAGCCUCCGAUCCAGUACCAGCAUUUUAUUUAGUCUACCUCAAUACAAAAAGAAAGUGGCACCGCAAUUAUGGAAUGAUCUCCCGCACACUUUCAAAUCUUCCCCAAGCCUAAAAUCCCCCUCUACAUAUCUCAAAACAGAAUGCACCUGUCAUAGUUGAUUAUAUGUUUCCUACCUGUUCUAUGGUAAAUUUUGUAUAUAUUGUGUAUUAAUAUUGUUUUUGUAUUUUAUUGUACCCUAUUGUAUCAAUGCAAUGUUUUGUGGACCCAGGACAUACUUGAAACUGAGAUAAAUUUCAGUGUAUCUUUCUUGGUAAAAUAUUUUAUGAAUAAAUAAUUAUAUUGCCUAGAUCAUGUUCCCAUUUGAACCUGGAAAUCUGUUGACCCUUGCAUACAUUAAAUAUCAUGGAUAUGCAUGAAUUCCACCAUAUUGCACCAAAUUACAGCUAAAAAAAACUAUUUUGCUAAAAUCUGCCUUUGGUAAUUUUAGCUCUAAAACGUAAAAUGCAUUACUAUCAGUAAUGUUCUGUGUUAACUUUGGUCUACCUUUUAUGUUGAUCACUUGGGGUAGAAAGAACUAUGGAGUCAGAAUAGAUUUGUGAAACCUGAAAGCUUUCUUUGUUACUGGUAACCUAAAGCAAUCCUAAACAUAUAAUGAAAGUAACUAGAACAAAAUGUAUUGUUUCAAAAACAAAAGCAAAAGAGAUAAUGUCAGACAUUGAUUAGUUUUAAAGCAUUAAUAUAUUAUGAACUUGUUCAGGAUGGAAAAAAUUAAAAAGUCCCCAUCUAUUAUUUAGUUUGUCCUGGUUUGUUUUGCUAUAGUAUUAUAUGUUUGUUUUUUGUCCUAAGGAUAAGAAAGAGGAUCGUCCCUCUAUUAUUCUUGGGGUGACACUUCGAGGAAUGCAUAUAUAUCAGGUAAGGGUUUAUUAAAAUUUUGAUACCAAUUUUUACCUCUUACUAUUAUAAUAAAAAAGAGUGAUAGUACGUCAUUAUUACUGUUGCAUAGUUAAACAAAAUUAUGGGCUCUCUCAUCUAUCUUUAGGUAAUUUGUUGUUUUAUUUAUUACACACACCAUAUAUAUAUAUAGUGUGUUUCUGUGUGUACACUGUUUAUGAAUGUUCCAUAAUAUGAAAUGUAUUCACACUAAUUAUUUUGUUCAGUAAAACAGGUAUAUUUUCUCAUGUUAAUUUAAAUAAAUUAUUUCCUCGACACAAACUGACACGUUCUAUAUAGCAGCUGAUGCCAUGGAGCUCAACUCCCACUAAUCUUGACAGACCUUGCACUGUAUAGUGGCGGCUUAACCGCACAUUGUGGGAAAUAAUGCACGGAUAUCACCCACCAUGCAAGAAGGGAAACUGAGACAGUGUUUCUUUUGUCCCAUUUAUUUGCAUUGUUUGCCCUGGCUAUGUGUGGAUUGUGUGGUCAUGUCUGGUAAAUCUUUACUAUACAUUAGAAAAGAAAACUGAGCAUCACGUGAAAAUAUUUCUUACUUCGUAUUCACACCUUCACUUGUGAUUUUUAUGUAGAUGGGUUCAUACUUUUGAUGGUAAUAAUCAAUGUUUUUUUUUUUUGUAAUUCAGGAGGUGAACCAUGUGCAACAGCUUCUUUAUGACUUCCCAUGGUCGAAUGUGGGGAAGCUUACAUUUCUUGUGAGUAGGAGAAUGCCUUUUAUCUCAUUUCAGAGUGUGCGUGCAAGCCUAGAAACUUUAGUUUAACUUGUUUCUCGAGUAGAUAUAUUUUCUGUACGAACUAAUUCAAACCAAUACUUGGUUAUAAUAAUCGUGAUGAUAACACUCUUUAAAAAUAAUGGGGGUUAUGGUUAAAAAAAAAAAAAAAAAAGUAGUCUAAAGUACUAAAAGCGAGGCUGUCACCAUGGAAUCUAGAGGAACUGGCAGGCACAAAGCAUUGGUUAAUCCACCCCUUUCCAUUUUUGGCACCACUUUUCUGAAUCAACCAAUUUUUUAUACAUAAACCCUAAUCUAUCAUGGUCCUCUAGUGACUAACAAGAUAUGUUGAAGAUGCACCUCUUUAACAUUAUAUAGCCUCUUUCAAUUGUGAAAUAAUUUCAGUCAUAUGCUUAGCAAAUUUACUGAUUUCCCAUAAUAAUCUCAAAUAUAUAUUUUAAAGAAGACAUAUCUAUAUUUUUUUUAUUAUUUUUAUUUUUUUUUACAUUUUUUCAUAGAGGAGCAGUUUUAGAAUAGACAUGCAGGGGCAAGACUGGGAAAAAUAAAAGCACAAUAGCAAAGCCUUGUUUAAAUCCUAAUAAUGUCUUAAUUAUCUCCUCUGCAAAAUCCCUGCAUUAAAAUGGUGCAAGACAAUAGCCUGUUAUAUUAAUAGUUUACAAAUUGUAGCAUUUUACUUUCUUUAAGUUUUAAUGUAUCUCAAUAAAAAUCUGAAUGUUUGUUUCAUUUCCUUUGUAGAUUUUCUUCCAAACUUCUGUCUGCUUUCAACAGGAUUAUAUUAGUUGCUUGUGAAUGAUACAUUUUAGGGUGUAUUUCUCAAUUUGUGAUUAUAGGCAUUUUCCAAUUCACAUUGUUUUGUUAACAGACACAUUUUCUUCAGCUUUUUAGGUAACAUUAAUAAAGUUCACUGUGGAAAUUGUUAAAUUAUUUAUAUUUGUUUGGUAUCCAUUUUCCUUACAUGGCCUUUUUAUUUUUUUUUUUAUAGGGCAAGAAGUUUGAGAUCCAACCAGAUGGACUUCCCUCUGCAAGGAAACUGGUUUAUUACACUGGCUGUCCAUUCAGAUCUCGUCACUUAUUGCAACUACUGAGCAAUAGUCACCGACUAUAUCUAAACAUCCAGCCAGUGUUAAAACAAAUUAGAAAACUAGAGGAAGCAGAAGGUGUGUGUGGAUUUUUUAAUUUUUUUUAUUUUACUUAUUUCUUAUAGUGCAGAAGAGACCCAUACACAGACAUAACUUCAAAUAUCCUAAAUUUGGAGAGGAAAAUACAUAAUGCAAUGCCAAAAAUAAGCACGUACUGUAUGUGUCCACUUCCAUCCAUUAUUCUAACAUACUCUAAACAUUCAUUUAUAGGGAAUAUGAACCCAAAAAUAAAGCAAGACCAAAUUGUAAUUUAAAAAAAAAUCAUUUUUUGUUGUUGUUUUUUUACUAAAGUGUGAAUUGCUAGGAAUGCAAUGUGAAUUUUAAAUUUAAGCCCAAAAUAGCUCAACUGGAAACACUCUCUUAGUCAGUUAUGCUUCCAGUCCAUCUACUUUGGCCUUAAAGAGUUACUCAAACCCUUAUAACCAAUACAGCCAACUGCAGUGGUUAUGAUGCCAGGAAUACCCCUGCCCACUUCCCCAGUAAUGGAUUUGUUCUCUUGCCUGUGUUCCUGCCGGGCUCCAAUGUUGGCUCCUGGUGGCGGCCUUCAAGCUAAGAGCAUAAGACCAUCAGCCAAUGAAUGGAAUUGGUAUUAGCCAGUCCGGAUCUUUAAUUCAAGGCUAGCUGAUUCCCCAAUGACGCUGCUGGAAGUGAACACCUUCAGCACGUAAGGGGUUAAUCUCCGUACAGCGUUUCAAAGCAAACUGCUGCACAUACAGACUCAAGGCACCAAAUCACUGAAGUGGUCAUGACACUUGGAGAAAGCCUUUAAUUUUGAAAUUCACUUUGAUAUUGCUUUACCUUCCCAACAACUCUGAUAUUACUGAAUAACCCUGUUAAUGUUGUACCAAUUUUCUGUUUGAGAUACUUUUCCAUCUUCCAAUAAAAAUCAGUAGUGCCAUACUGAUUUAAGCGCUGCAGUACAUGUUGGUGCUAUAUAAAUAAUUAAAAAAAAUAAUAUAUAAUUAUACAUAGUUCAAUGUCCUGAUGACCGUUUCAAUGUGGUGUAUUCAUUCCAUCUUGGUAUAUUCAGUGUGGCCACAGCACCGGGUAAUUUAUUGAUUACAGAGAGUGCAUUUGGAAAUUUAACGCCACCUCCUGCCUAUGCACCCAGAGUAAAUGAAGACUUAUUUUAAAGAAAUAUAUGCUAUUUUUUGGGGACUUUCUUUUAGGUAUUCCUGAGCAGUGGAUCACCUAUUUGUUUUUAAAGUUGAACUAUGUACAGAUAAAAGUUCCAAUGUGGAACUGAAAAAAAAAUAAAAAUAUAUAUAUAUAUAUAUAUAUAUAUAUAUAUAUAUAUAUAUAUAUAUAUAUAUAUGUUAGUUUUUCUUAUGAAAACAAUAAAGAAGAUAUUGAAGGAAAUCCUAGGAGUGCUGACUUUACAUCAUAUUGGUGUAUUCAGUGUGACUACAGCACCGGGUAAUUUAUAAAAUAAAUACCGAGAGUGCAAGACUACUUGGAAUGGGGAAAAAAAUAAAUGUAUGUUGUAUAAAAAAAAAAAAAAAAUAUAUAUAUAUAUAUAUAUAUAUAUAUAUAUAUAUAUAUAUAUAUAUAUAUAUAUAUAUGUGUGUGUAUCUAAGGUAGCAUCAUAUUUAUAUUUAUGUCAAUAGAUAGCAGAAUACUUUUGAAAUGGAAACUAUCAUUUUAUUUCACAGAACAUGUAUUGAAAGACAGCAUGAUAACAUUAAUUUCUGCAUUUAGAGAUUUGAAAAAUCAUUUUAGUUUCAUUUUUCUUAAAGCAUUAGCCAUUCAAGUUUUAUGUAGGGGAUAGGCAAGAUGUCCUUCAAACUGUUUAUGUGCACAAUGCAACCAAGUCAGAUUUAUACAGUACAUUUAUAAUAAUAAUGCAGCUUCACAUUGAAAUAAUAAUGCAGCUUCAUGGAUUGCGGGAUAAAACUUACCAGGAAAGGUUAAAGGAUCUUAACAUGUAUAGCUUGGAGGAAAGAGGAGACAGGGGGAUAUGAUAAAAAAACAUUUAAAUAUAUAAAGGGAAUCAACACAGUAAAGGAGGAGACUAUAUUUAAAAGAAGAAAAACUACCACAACAAGAGGACAUAGUCUUUAAUUAGAGGGACAAAGGUUUAAAAAUAAUAUCAGGAAGUAUUACUUUACUGAGAGGGUAGUGGAUGCAUGGAAUAGCCUUCCAGCUGAAGUGGUAGAGGUUAACACAGUAAAGGAGUUUAAGCAUGGUGGGAUAGGCAUAAGGCUAUCCUAACUAUAAGAUAAGACUAUGGACUAAUGAAAGUAUUUAGAAAAUUGGGCAGACUAGAUGGGCCGAAUGGUUCUUAUCUGCCGUCACAUUCUGUGUUUCUAUGUUUCUAAGUGUAUUUCUCACAAGUCUCUGAAGUAUGUUGCUUACAGACUUCAAUUAAAUCCCAGACCUUCCUUCUCUCUAUUCCUUCCUUUGUCCCCCCCAUUUCUUUUCCUUUAUCCUUUUUUUUUCUCUUCUGUCCCCUUAGCCGCAUGCUUUCUUCUAUCCCUACCCCAAUCCCACCCUAUCCCCAUUCUUCUCUUCUCCAAUACCACCCAUACCCUCUUCCCUUCCCUAACCUCACCUCACUCCUUCUCUUCCAUUCUCCAAUCCCUCUGUACCGAAACCCACCUCUCUCUUCCCUUCACCCAGAUCCACCCCCUCUCUUUGUUUCCCUUCCCCCAACCAAGUGUGUCUAAUUGUUGUGAGUUAUUUACCAUAUUGUGUAUUGUACAUCUUAUAUGUAUAUGAUCACUUGACUUUAAUAAAAAUAUACAUUUCAUAGUUUGUGGGGUUUUUUUUUUUUUUUUUAGAGAAAAAGCGCUACAGGGAAUCUUACAUAAGUGACAACAUGGAAAUGGAUUUGGAUCAGUCAGAUAAACAUUCACAAGGUAGCAGCAGGGGGAGUGCCAAGAACAAUCGCCUCUCAAGACAGUCAACAGUUAGCCAUAGCAGCUCACAUACCUCUGGUAUUGAAGCUGACUCGCAUCAUAGGAUGUCAGUCGAGAUGUCUGUUGAUGAACCCUUUGGGAUUGAGACUGUUCAUCGUAAGGAGAAAGCUUACUGCUCAACAAUUAGCCACAGCAGCUCAGGAAUAGACAGUGGCAGCAAAGGAAGAACAGAGGGAGACUCACAAGAUGAUGGUAGGUAAUGUUUAAGAUUCACUAUGUGAAACUACUUAGUAUCUAUAAAGUUUAGAGAAUAACUCUGCACCACCCUCUUUAAAAUUAAAUUUAUUUUCUUUCUUUUCGUUGAGGUAGAACUGACAGUAGAUGAGCCAGAGUAUGCCCCCAUUGAAGACCCUUUAAAAAUUGAUACACCUGGUUUGGAUUCCAAAGAAGAGUCUGUAGAUUCUCCAGGCUCAGAUGGUCAUUACUUACAAGGUGGGGACAAACCUAUCAUUAUUAAGACUUAAUAUACUUCUGUAUAUUUAACAUUGCUCUUUGGCAACAAGAUAAUUUAUUGUGUUCUUGUAUAUACUUAAAGGACCACUAUAGGCACCCAGACCACUUCAGCUCAAUGAAGUGAUCUGGGUGCCAGAUCCCUCUAGUUUAACCCUGCAGUUAAAAACAUAGCAGUUUCAGAGACACUGCUAUGUUUCACUGAGGGUUAAUCCAGUCUCUAGUGGCUGUCUCACUGACAGGUGCUAGAGGCGCUUCCGUGACGCUGGACAUCCAUAGGAAAGCAUUGAGUAAUGCUUUCCUAUGGGCGGUUUGAAUGCGUGCGUGGCUCUUGCUGCGCAUGCGCAUUUGGAUCUGACGUCGGCAGGGGGUGUUGAGUUUCCCAGUACAGAGGGAGCCUGGCACUGGAGAAAGGCAAGCGGCUGAAGGGGUUUUAAACCCUUCAGCCCAGCGGGAGGGGAGGUGGGGGCUGUUUUCCUUGCACUGUAGUAGUCCUUUAACUUCAAUUAUUUGUUGAUGUCAUACUGUUAAGCCACACUGUAACCAUGAAAUGAUUACACAGUCUUUUAUUUAGAUUAGUUGCGUAUUUUCAGGUUUACUAUGAGAGAUAUCAUUUUGUUAGUGACUCCACUGUCAUUUAGUCAACAGUAAAAAAUAAGUUUAGAAAGUAUGUUUCAGUAGUUCUAACUUGUUCCCUCAAUAUGACAGCCACUAGAGGAGGAUUUCUAAUUUUAUGAGUUUACCCAAAAGCAUUAAAUCAUUUGAAAAGCUCAGCCAAAAAUAUUAAAUUGAGGCAAAUCCACUAUUAGUUAUAUAUAUUCUUUAAAUCAUUUUGGCCAAAGUAGAAAUUCAUGGUUGUCCACGGUCAACUAGACACUCAAGGGGUCAACUAAUGAAGAUAGGACGUUUUAGGUUCUCAUUCAAUGCUCUACAUAUGUGUAAUAUUUAAGUAAUACUGCUCUCUAUUUAUUUUAUUUUUUUUAAGUUUCAUGUUUUUUUCCCCCACAGAUUUUGAACAAUUAGUUUUUUCGACAAAUGCUCCAGUGAAGAUGAGAGGGCAGAGUGUGGAUUCCCUUGACCAGGUACUGCUUUUUAUUUUUUUUUUCAGUUUAACAAAAUAAAAGUUUUGAUGGAGGACUAUUGCUGGUUGUACAGUAGACCUGAAGCUCAAGGCACGCUAACAGUUGGAAACCAUGGCAACUGAUUACAAGAAAUACAGUUCUAAGCCUGGGAUGUUAGAUUCAUUACUGGUUUUUAAUAGUAAUUUCAGUAUAAAAAAAAAACAUCUAAAGAUGAUUGAAUUUUUUUUUUUUAAUAAAUAAUCAGAAAUAUUUUUUUUUUUCUUGCGGUCUUUAUUAUAGGUCAAAAUGUCAAAACCAAGGAAUUCCACAGAUCGAUACAGUCAAAGUUUAGACGAUGUUCGCAUUUACCAGCAGACUCAUCCUCUUUUUAAUACUUCCACUCUAACAUCUGACACGUCUCAAAGUUACACUUUUGGGUGCUCAAUUGAGGAAAAGAUGAUUGACUAUGGAUGCACAUACACCACUGCAGAUUGCAAGAUGAAAUCUGCUUUAUUUGGAAAGCGAUCCAUGAAUUGCCUAUCUUUGGACCUUCUCGGAGAAGAACAGCUUCUUGAGUUUAUUCUGUAGUGAACAUAAUGUCCACAAUGACUGGACUGAGACUUUCACGAAUGAGUAGGCAGGUUUUACUGUCACCGGUCGCUCGUACGUUCAUGAGGUUUGCAUGACAGGGAGAGACCUAUAUUACGUUGUAUUUUUAUCAUUAUUUACCUCUUCAACACAUGAAAAAGUUAUUUGAAAUGGUUGCAAAAAUUGUGCUAUGCUGCAUGAAAAGGCUCUACAAACAACCAAAUGCAUUUCAUGCACCAUUUGCAAUCUUGACUUUAAAAAAUGCUCAAGCUUUUCUGUUUUUAUGCAAUUAAAAUUUUAUAAGACUCUGAUCUCGAUAUCGGUAAAAAGUAUUAAACCCAUUUUCCAAUGGAACUUAACUACCACUGAAUGUUUUUGUGGACCAAUGGCAGUAUGUAACUGGAAAUUAUUAUGAAUGUGGAAAACUACUACAGACUUUCCCAAAACAAAACUUUUCUAUGCGUUGUGCCCUACAUCAUCUGGAAUUACAGUUUUGCCAUCAUUUUCGUUAACCUUUGGACACACCAUUGUGGCAAAGUGCAUCAGUCAGUUUUAUGGUUGUGGUAUUUUUUUCUUUGUGAUUUUCUUUUUUUUUUUUAUUCUUCAGACAUAUGAAGUAGUGUUGAUAGUUACUGAACAAACUAUACAAGUGCCUUGAUAAAAGUGUGAAUGUAUUUGCUAUGCAUUAAUGUAUUUUAAAGAAAAUAAAUUGUUCAUGUAUAAAUUAAGCAUGAUUUAAAGGGAGGUUAAGAUCUGAAAUUAAAUGAAGUGUCCCAUAGUCAGGGAGGGUUCAUCUAAUUGUUUCUUUAGUGUCACAACACUGUACAUUUAAUUUGAUGAUGCUUGUCUUUAAAGGUAAUCUUGAAUGUUAUUUGUCAAUGCUAUAUUGGUAUGAAACAAAUAUACUACAAUUGAGUCAUAAUGAUGUGAGAGAGACACGAGGCAGUGACUGAUUUGAUCAAAAAUUUUCCAAUCAAAGAUAAUUUUUACUGAAUCUGGAUGGGAAUACAUUCAACUCAAUGUAAUUUACUCAUUUUAAUUUGUAAUAUAUUUAAAUUAACAUUAUAUUUAAAAAUACUAAUAUUUUCCACUGGCUAAUAAGUUAUUUUUUUUUUAAGCCCCAUUUCAAAUUUAAAGGGGUAUUAGGAACAUAAAUCUGUAUUCUUAACGAUAAAUUCACCCUGUCCCUAGCUAAUUGCAGGCUCCCUCACUGUGUGUGCACUGUUGUUUUAACAAAAAUGAUUUUACUCCUCUUCUCUGCAGCACCAUGAAAGACUGCCCCUCAUCGUGAAGGCAUGUCGCGAUCUGCCAAUGAGUUUGUCAUAGGUAAUCAUUGAAUGCAAUGAUUUUCUAUGACCAGCCAUGAUGGCACUGUGUGUGAACAUGUGACGUCACAGUAUACCUGUGUAUGCGAACUAGCAACCAGAGGGUUUGGAGGCAUGGCUUGAAGCCAUUCUUCCAGCUAUUAAAAUAAAACAUUUUAGUGGCAAUUCCAAGGAACUACUGUAGGUACUACACAUACAUCAAUAAGAUGAACUUGUUCUAGUGAAUACAGUGGUUUUAUUUAUGAAAUUAAGGGGUUAAAAGCUGGGGUGGUAAAAAAAAAAAAAUCUACAGGCAGUUCCUUAAAUUUGUCUGUAUAACCAUGCUAUACUUUAAUUCUGGUGUUUAUGAAAAUUAAAUGAUUGAUUUAAAUUGUACAGCCCAUGUGAAGUUUUGUAGACUUGCUUGUCUAGAAAGACUCAAAAAUAGUUAGCGGAGGUAAUGCAUAAAUGUAUUGUGGCCUAAAAGUGUAUAAAGGUGAAAAUCACAAAUUUAUUCAGUAAUAAUUCAGUUGCAUAACUACAUUAGACUGACCUGUCAGUACCAAAGAACCUUGUGGCUUUGUGCCUGCUGCAACUUUGGGAAUUUAGUGUACAGAGAGUUAUUUUUCCCCCUUCUGUUCUCUAACCAUCUGCACUGAAAAGGCAAUACAAAUGCUAAAUAUCUCUUGUAGACUACCCAGUGCCAUGGUUGUUUUUAACAAGGAGUGGGAACAGAAAGAAAAAUUAAGUCCACUGUCAGAUGAUGAUGAUGGUGGUGCCAAACAGCACCUUUCCCUGAUUAAAAUAUCAUGUAAUGAAAUUAUUAAUAUCAACGUUGUGUGUGUGUAUGCCCGCACACAAUCAAGGCCAGGUGGGGGACUAUUUCAUUGUACCUUUCCAGAAUUCUUUUUUUGUAUUUAAUGUUAUUUUUACAAUAUUUAAGUCCUAAUUCUAUAAUACUUUUUAUAGAUCACAUUUUUAUUACUUUCACAGUAUGUUUAGUUACACUUGAGCAAGAGAUUUGCUAAAGUUUCUAUUUAAUACAUGUAUGGGGUUUUUUUGUGUUUUUUUUUUUUUUAAUUCUUUAUUUUUGAGGUGCAGAGUUAAGGACAUGCAUUAAUGUAUAUACAUAACAUGAGGCAUGAGAACAAGAUUUAAAUAUUAAAUGUCAGGUUAUACUGCACUCUUUCCUUUUUUUUCUUUUUUUUCUUUUUACAAAAAAAAAGAUAAUACAUGAAGAAACAGAUUCAUUCCCUCCUUGAUCUAUCAAUUAACAAUAUUGUUCUAGGAUUAGGCAUGGCACUGUGGCCUACUCUUACUACAGAUUCAUGUGACAAAGUCCUAGCAUAACUGCAGUCCCGGUAUCUUCCUUACUGCCAGCCUCAGGCUGCAGCUUGAGUCCAUGUUUUGUGUCCUCGGGUCUUGCUCUCCUGUGAGUCAACAUCAGAGUCCCUGGAGAGGAUGGUUUCCCAGGGUACUGGGUGAUGAAGUGAGGUUCUUCUGCCUCAGUAGUAUGGCCUGGUAUUGGGAUCAAAGGCUCUCCAGCAUCGUCUUGGGUGUUUCAGCCUGUAGGCAAAUCUGCGUAGAUGGUUUCAGUUGUGGGUGGCUGUUUGAUAGUUAGGCACAGGAAUCUGAUUGAUAGGUAAGCUUGACUUUCUACUUCUUGUCGUGUCGGAGCCCUCCAGUGGUAACUGUAAUGACCCCCACUGGUUCAAAGGGGGUGAGGGGGAGAGAAAGGACCAGGUGAAGUGACUGAGUGCUGCUGUGUGAGAGCUGGAGAUAAGAGCCUAGCAGCGACCGUCUGCCCAGCUCCUCUCCCGUGUAGGCCGCAGGCUCUGAAGCUCUGUGUCUCACCCAGGGGCUCAGAAACUCUCGAUCUCUGAGUCUGCCACUUCACAAGCACCCCCUGCGGAAUAUGCCAUAUGUUUCCGGCUCAGAGGAAGUCUGUGAGCCGCUGGAUACAUCUUAAAAGGUCGAUCCCUGCAGGAGUCCCUCCUGCAUGCGACCGAUCAGCAUGGCGGAACGGCCUCGUCCCCCCCCCCAUAUAUAUGUAUUUUUACUUUCUUUAAAUAAAAUUUACAAUACAGAAUAGUGUUUGAUAGACCCAUUAGAAUGUAAUUUGGAGUAUUCUGGAUCCUUUUCAGUAGCAUUAAAAAAAAAAAAAAAAAAAUUCCCACUGGAAAUCAUUUUCAUAUAUUCCAAAUUUAAGACAAAAUACUUAUUGUGUUUCACAUAUCUUGGAUAGAAGAAUGUGAGGUCUAAAUGCUUGGUAAUUUCCUGUGGCAGAAAUCACAUAUUCAAAUAUUGUCUGGUAUUCAGUAAAGGUUCGGUAUUUUUCUGUUUAUCUAACUUUGGUUCGAUAUUUUUAUUUUACAUUCCUAAAAUAAAUGUGGUUUUGAUAAUUUCAAAGUGGAGAAAAAUAAAGGUUUUGAAAAAGUGCUUGAACACAGAAGUUAACCAUUUAACACAAGUGACCGUAGUGCACAGAUCUCAAGGAUUAAAAAGAGUUUUGAACGUUAAAGCUAAGAAUAUUUCAGGAUUAAAAAAAAAAAAUGUACAGUAAUUCUAAAUCUGUUCAUAAAAUUGUUUGCUUUUGUUAUGCACAAGUUCCUUUUAGCAUUUACAGAUAAAUAGUAAACCACGGUUUGCACAGUGCAUAACUGUUCUAUUUGUGCCUGUUCAUUUUAGUCGCCAUUUUGUGGCGUGACAGUAUUCCCUAAUUUUAAAAUUGUACAAGUGUUUUUUGGUUUUUUUUGUAAGAGUUUGUUCAGAACUUUUGCUUUUCAUGAAAUGCUUGGCUUUGGUUUUUCAGAUGUCCUUGUGAUGUCAGCAUGGAAUUAACUUUUACAGACACAUUUUUAAUUUUAUAUUAAGUUACUUUUUGUGCUUUGUAAAAAAAAAAAAAUACUAUCUCAGUUGUGACCAUUGAUUUGUUAAAAACACAAACAAAAAAAACUUAUCUCAGACUCUACUUAAUGAAUGCCUGCUUUUUCAGUUGAAAAGUGUCUUAACUUAUACAAAAGCAACCAUAUGUUUUUAAAUCGUUGCCAUUUGCCCCAGCGACUUGCUUUAUCACUGCAUGGGUCUGGGAAAACAUCAACUUGCCAACCUGUCUGCCUUAGGUUGUAAAUAGAACAAUUUCAGAACAUUUUUAAGCUAUGAGAAAAAAAAAAGCAGUUUUUUUUUUCCUGGUUGUUUUAUUUAUUUUCUUCUUUUCAAGAAAAAUAGAAAUACAGUUAAAUAAUCUUACAAAUUGAAAGUCAUUUUGUCACACUAUGCAGUGUAUAUAUAAAAGUUGUAUGCUUAAAAUCAGCUUAUUCAUUAAAUAAUACACAUUUUUUGUCUAGAUAUGUUGUGAAAACAUGCAAACUACAAGGACCUGUUUUGCCAGUACAUGAGAACAGGAAACUCCAUCUUUUACCUCCCUCCCCGCAAAUAUUGAACAAUCAACAUAGCAAAACUACAUUAUUUUGUGUGCUCUAAGCCUCCUUCAGUUUAUCUAGAAAUAAAGCACUCCUUUCUACUAAAGAGACACUCCUGGAAGUGACCCUUAGUCCUGUUUUUAUUAAAAUGCCAUUCAUGAGAAGGCACAUUAUGGCAAUUCUUCCCUGUGAGAAAUCUGGUUGGACGGCCAAUAGCAGUCAGAAGUCUCGUUAGCAGCCACCUGUUUGGGAAUAUAUAAUUUGUUGCCUCUUGGUUUGCAUAGCUACAUACCAAUACGGUUAGAAAGCACCUUUCUUUCAUUCUAAAUUAUUUUUUGACAGAUAUAAUUUUAAGUGGAUGUGCUCUGUUGUAUUGACAACGUUGCCUUUUCAAGGCUAAUUUUUAGAAUCUCGACCAAUCACAAUUGCCCAAAUCAAUCUCAUCAUCUAUAUGAAGGUUAUGAAGAUAAACUAAUGCAGUUAGAUUAUGGUUACGUUUUCUGAAUGCAAAGAAAUUUAAAUCUUUACCUUCCAAUUAAGGCUUAACUGGGGGGACAGAAACAUCUCAAGGGACACUAUAAGCAUCCAGACCACUUCAUCUCAUUAAAAUGCAGUUAGUUCAGUGUUCCUGGUCCCUUAACUUCGCAAUGUAAAACAUUGCAGUUUUGCAAUGUUUACAUUGCAGUGUUAAGCCUGCCUCUAGUAGUUGUAUACCUGAUAGCCACUAAAGGCGCUUCCUGCAGUUUCACUUUUGACUUUCAUGAAGACAUCAGCACAUGUGCUUCAGAGUAUAGUAAUUCCAACAAUGUAAGACUUUACAUAAAAUCUCAGUCUCUCAUGUUUUACGUUUAUAAACAAUAUUGGAGGUUAAGAACAUAUUCCACACAGCUUUGGGAAACCUGUUUUUUUUUUUUUAAUUUAUUUUUGGUUGUUGGGUUGUUUUUUUUCAGGAUCUUCCCUUCUCUAGUUGUAAGAAUGCUACAAAUGGUGUGCUGUUUCAUUGCUUUAUAUCCAUUCUGUAUAUGCAUGUCCGUAAGUCGUAAAAAUUUAUAUUUAUUAGUAGACUGAACACACAUUACUCAUUGUAUGUAAAAUGUAUUGAAACUGUGAAAAUCCACAAAAGUAAAAUAAACUGUUAAAUAAGUUUCAAUUUAUUUUGUACAUGUAUGUUUUUACAUUGAUGUUGUGACAAAUAGUUUUUUUUUC